AUGAUAACGUUCACCUUCUACUUUCUGCUGUCCUUUCCCGUCACGGACAAAGUGAGGAAAAUUCUAACGGAAAAGCGCACAACCAAGUACCCGCACUCCGAGAAGCGAUUGAGAACGAAGACGGCCUUCGCGCAAUCCAUCCACGACGAUAUAGCCAAUCACAUCGAGCUCUCCAUCGCAAAUGUGGCCCAUUGCGCUUGCAUCACCUACGAGGUGAUACCGAACAGAUUCAAGUACGAAUUGGACGUGUUCUGUUGGGGGCCCGUGGUGAAAAUCAUAACCAAAGAUUCGAGCAUCAACAUGUACACGAUCAUGAGGAACAACAUGAUUUGGGUGCCGGUGCACGUCGAGCACACGAUGGACAAUUUCACCACCUCCGAGUUGAGGUUGUUCAAGCACAGGGUCGUGAAUUUCACUGUGUCUUCGAAUCCGAACAGGGCGAGUGUGAUUUUGAAAUCCGAGACUGUUAUAAUACACCAAGAUAGUGUGAUAAAGGACGGGGAGUUUCUGGAGAAGACAGUGUUCGGCUCGUUUCUUGAUAAAUUAGAUACCAAAAGCGUGGUGAUGAAGCAGCGGAAGUCUUCUAUAAGAAGCGGGAUGAAACAGGCGAUACAAAAGGCCGAAGUUGCCACUUGGUUGCUCACCGAAGGAGAUUUCGAACCUCUAUACGAGAUGAUAGAAAUUGUUUCCACUGGUGAAACUGUAAUGGCGAACGAAUUUAUCCCCGCUUGCUCUCAUACACAAAGCGAUGGAAUAACUCAUUAUUCCCUUGCAGACGCAGACAGAUUAACGCUGCGAUCAGAAGGAAGAGUUAACUAUUUCACCGCAGCAGUACCAGCUGAAGUCUUCUUCACGAACCCUUCGCACUCCGUCUACCACGUAAACUGCAGAACCUUCGACUCCUUACAGAACUUCUUCGUGUUCCCGUCUGUAAAGAAACUCAUGCUGCCAGCCGAUAAAAUAAAAUUGAACCCGCUUGUAAUCGAUAUCGUUAAAGUGGAAAAUAUCCCAGCCGAGGAACUAACCACCCAAGGCUUCCGCAAAAUGUUCGUUUCGUACGAGAUCCCCCAAAUAUUGCAUUGCAAAACGGCGACUAAACCCGUCGAAAAAACCGUUCGCUUCAACAAUUCCCACAUGUUCUUCACCGACGACGUACCCAGAAUGAAGCUCAUAGAGGCGCUGGAUUCCCAAAGCUUUUUCGCCGAAAUUUACGUCAUCAAAACUGUGGAAAACGUUCCGAACUGCGCGAAUAUAUUCGAUAAAAAACGAACUACUAGUAAAGUGGAUAUCCAACGCUUUGAUAACGAUCCGAUACUUUUGGCAGUCGCUUUGUUCAAUUUGAGCUCUUUGGUGGCGAACAUUUGGAAAUUCCGCGAAAAAGGCCAAUGCCAUCAACCUCACAUGACCCUGACCUCUAAACCUAACUACGAAAAAGGGAAAAUAAAAGACGUGAUUAAUAUGAUUCACUUGGACUAUCCGAAACAGGAGGUUAUCAUACCGGAAUGCACCUUUCUAGAACUCGGUACUACUUUAACUUUGGAUGCUUCUUUAAUGGCACCCCAAGCUCCCUCGUUGGUCUACAUCCAAGCCCCCCGCAGUUUUCUGAGGGUAUUCGCGAUGUUCACCUCCGAAGUGCUGGCUUUGAGGAUUUACAACAGCAUUCAAUCGCACAAUUUCAACGUCUUCGAGGAUCAAAACAAAGCCGAUCAACCGGAGGAGAAGGACAUCCUCACCGGAUUCGUCCUCGACAACGGCACCAGCUUCGUUAUUUUCGUCGAAGGUUUGUACACCGGAUUCAUGUUAAACUUGGUGCAAUUGUUGGAGACCAUGUGCCCAUCGCCUAUCGAAGGAAGCUCGAUCUGCCAGGACGAGAGAAUCGAAUUAUCCCAAUACAAAAACCAGAAAAUCUUCUUCAAUACGGACCAAACGUUCGAGCAGAGAUUGUACGAAAACUUCCUGCCCACCGGAAUCUAUCAGAUGGCUUUAAAAAUACCCCUUCAAGACAUCAUGGCAGCUCCUUUGAUACACAUCAGCAAAAGCGCGCCCAAACCCUGCUUGGCAGGAUUGAAUAAACUUUCCCUGCUCUUCCUCGCUAAUAGAUACAAGGAUAUCAUGCAGCAAAAUCUGCUGCCCACCCCGCAGGAAUUGAUCAGCGUGAACAUCGAAUGGGGUGUUCCUAUUGUGUGGAAAGAUUAUAUUUCUCUACCUAACGAACAGGAAAGAGUGCAGAAGAAAACGUUCGUUAAUUGGAUCAAUUCUUAUUUAUCUAAGCGAGUUCCACCGCUUAGGAUAGAUGAUUUGAUUGAAGAUCUUAAAGACGGCACGAGGCUUCUUGCACUUCUGGAGGUUCUAUCGGGAGAACGACUGCCUGUGGAGAGAGGCAGGAUUCUGAGAAGACCGCAUUUCCUGAGCAACGCGAACACAGCACUACAAUUUUUGGCGUCUAAGAGGAUAAAAUUAGUCAAUAUCAAUGCUAGCGAUUUGGUAGACGGACGACCUUCGGUCGUUUUGGGCUUGAUUUGGACCAUCAUUUUGUAUUUCCAGAUUGAAGAAAACAGAAGACAAUUAGAGUACCUAACGCAAUGGGGCAGUACCAGCAGCCUAGAGAGCGCCGGUACUACUUCCUCCAAGGACAAAUGGAAGCAGGGAGCGAGGAAGACACUCCUGAACUGGGUGUCCAACGCUCUGCCUCCGGAAUCCGGCGUGGAGGUCAGGGAUUUCGGAGCCUCGUGGAGAGAUGGCGUCGCUUUCCUGGCUAUAAUCGACGCGAUUAAGAAGAACCUAGUCAACAUCGCCGAGAUGAAGAAGGCUACCAACAGAGCGAGACUAGAAACUGCUUUCGAUGUAGCAGAAUCAGAAUUGGGUAUCUCGAGGUUACUAGAUCCGGAAGACGUAGACGUACCUAAACCCGACGAAAAAUCUAUUAUGACAUACGUUGCGCAAUUUUUGCACAAAUAUCCCGAACCUAAGAGUACCGGACCAGACGCAAUAGCCACUGUUCAAGAACAUUACGACGAUCUUCUGACUUGGCUGACGAACAAAACGCAAACUUUGGAGCAUCUAGAACAAACCGAUUCGCUGCCUUUGGACUACAAAGAGUACUCCAAAUUCAAAGCAGAAGUGGACCAAAAAGAGCAGCUAUACAGGAAAUUGAAGUCGUUGAUCGAGAGUCAAAGUAUAGUGUCUAUUGCCAAGGAAAGUUGGCAGGAAGUCGUGAAGUUAUGGGAGAAAUUGCAGAUGCAAUUGCUCAGGUGGUUGUGGCUGUUGGAUUCCAGACUUCCUGGCGACUUUAAAUUCAUUGGAGAAUGGUUGGCCAAAGCGGAGAAACUCAUCUACUGCGAUACGAUCCCGACGAUUAUGAACGAAGAAACGGCCAUAAUAAUUAGCAGGAAAUUAGAGGAACACAAAUCCUUCUUCGCCGACUUGCCCACAAUUCAGAAGACUUUCCUUGCGGCAUGCCAGAGUCCUUUAGCCAGAGAAGUGCCUUCCGAACAGUUGGAUAACAUGACUGUCAGACUGAACGAGAUCGGACCCAAGGCUGCCCAACGUAGAGUUAGACUUAAAUUCCUUGAACACAAAUGUUGCCUUAUUGCAUUUUUGCAACUAACCGAAACCAAACUGAAAGCGUGGACUUCCAAAUACGGUCGCGUAGACGAGGUUACUCCAUUGCUCGAGCAAUAUAGAAACUUCGUCUCGAAGAACCACAUCUUCCAAGAAUUUAACAAAGCUUUCAUCGACAUGCAAGCUGUUAUCGAAGAAUACAAAAGAGACGGAAAAAUAGAUAAAAAGGAGGUAUCCGAAAUAGACGCAUUCAUGAGAGACAUCGCCGAUAGAUGGAAACACGUCUCCAUGGAGCUCCGUUGCGUCCAAAGCAUGCUAGAGGAAGUCAUAGCCUACUGGCGCCGAUGGGACACACUCUCCGAAGAAUUCGAUAGAUGGUUGAACGCCGCCGAAAAGGCCCUGAAUCUACCAGAAGAGGAACAAAUGGAGUUCUUCCAGAACAUCAGUUUAUGGCGAGAUAACUACCAACUUCUGGGCGAUACCGUGAACUUCCUCGUAGCAACGUGCCAAGACCAAAUAUCCGCGGAAUUGAAGAACCGAUUCCAGACGAUGAGUGCCCGAUGGGACAGAAUUUACCCGCAAGUGAACAAAUACAGCCACGCAGGGGAUAUUCUGCGUAACAGAAAGGAAUUCAGAGCCGGGUUAGAGGCUCUAUCUAACUGGUUAAGAAAAGCCGAAGACGUGCUAAACGCGCCUAGUUUAGGAUCUACGGAGAAAAUUAGGCAGCACGUUGAUAAACUGCAAAACUUACGAUCAGAAGUGGAAGACAUCGAAGACCUGUUUAAAAACAUCAGCAAAACCUUCCAGAGUUUGAUACAAGACAUGUCCAGGGAAGAGGUCGAAAAGAUGAUGAAUACAUUGAAACAAGAAAAAGAAACUUUAGUCAAAGUCAGAGCUUUGAUUCCCUCGCAAAUCCAUUUAUUCAACCAGCUUCUCAUACAACAAGAAUCGUUAGAAGCGGGUCAAAAAGAAAUAAGCAAAUGGCUAGACGAAGCCGAAGGCCUAUUGAGCAGCUUAAGCUUAGACGCCGACAAGGAACAACUCAAAGAACAAGUUGAUAAAGUUAAAAACUUCUUCACCAGAACCUUGUACUACAAAUCAAUGCUCGACAGCAAGAACAAAGUUCUGAACAACAUUAUCAAAUCCGUAGACCAAGCAAAUAAUCCGGACGUCGACAAAAUGACGGUGCAAAUGGACCAAAUCAACGAUAGAUUCGAGUACGUGACCCAAAACGCCCAAAUUUGGGAACAGAAACUCUCAGAAACCAUUAGAUGUUGGUACAACUUCGCAGAAUGCGAAAGAGUAAUCUCCACGUGGCUAAACCAAGCCGAGAAGCUCACGUUAGAAAAAAGAAUCGACAAUAAAGAAACGGUAGAACAGCAUAAAAACUUCUUCCAAUCCGUAAACGAACGAUGGAUUUACGACUUAGUCCAAAGCGCACAAGACCUCUGCAACUGUCUACCCAAAGAACAACACGGCCCGAUAAUAUCAUCGGUUGAUUACCUGCAGAACAAAUGGAAAGAAGUCCUAUCCUUCGCGCCACUCCAUCUGAUGAAACUAGAAUUCCGCUUGGACGAAACAACCUUCAACUACUACAUCAAAGAAAUCGAAAAGGAAAUCUCCACGCAGAAGAUCCUCUUCAGUCGCGAGGAGAACGUGGAAACCAUCAUGAAGCGCAACAAGGAAUUCCUCUCGCCCAAAGGCCCCCUGGCGGAGACGCAGCGCAGCCUGGAGAACCUGAUGAAAAUCUCCGAGGUCUACACGGCCAACUACCCCAAGGACCAGACCCUCAAAGAGGCCGUGGAAAAGGCCGAGCAGCAAUGGCACAACGUCAGCGUCAAAAUCGAGCAUCUGAAGCUGCAAUUGGAGCAAGUCCCGGAGAGAUGGCAGGCGUACCACGACAAGUUCGCGGAAAUAUCCAAGUGGAUGGACGGCGUCGACCACACCUUGAAGAACAUCCUCAACGACGUCAGUACCGUGGAGGAAUUCGAACGCGAAAAGAACAUUUUCCAGAACGUGUGCAAGGAAGCCGAUUCGAAACGCGAGGACAUGAAGUGGCUGGUACAAACGCUGGAUUCUCUGACGUCUCGCUGUCCCGAAACGCAAGCGAUCCAAGAGCAAAAGCUCCUGGAAACUCUGAUCAUCCGUUACAAAACCCUGAUACCUUCUUUAGAAAUAACCAUGGUCAAAACGGACACGCUAUCGAAAUGCUACACGUACCGCAGAGAAGUACGAGAGGUGUGCCAAUUGUUGAAACAAGUGCGGGAACAGUCCAAGUUGCAAAGGAAGCCCGAGUCGCUGGAGGUGGUGUCGCAGAAUAUUCGCAAGCAGGAACUGGCGAUAUCUCAUCUAGACCAGCAAAGACCGACGGUUAUGUCGCUGUUGCAAAAGGGAAAAGAGCUGAGCAAGGACGAGAACGCGCCGAAAUUCAUGCCGGACGAGGUGAAAUCGUUAGAAACCGGUUGGACGACAACGUACGACGAAACUGUAGACACUUUGCACAAACUCAUCGAUACCCAGCACGUCUGGACCAAUUACUCGGAGCAAAAGCAAGAAAUCCAUCAUAUUUUGCAACAGGCCGAAGAGGUGUUGCAAAAAACCUCUCGCCCCGAGUACUCCCCGACAGUUCUACCCACCGAGUUGAUCAAGAAACAGGAGAUUAUUUCAAACCUACGAGACGCCCAGCAAGAUAUGCUGAACAAGCUCACCUACUACAGCGAGAAUUUGAGCAAACAAGUUCCGGAGCAGCAAGCAAAACUGGACGCCGAAACGAGGGAAAUCCAACAGCGCAUUACCGACACCCUAACAAGCGCUCAGGAAAACGUCACUUUACUAGAAGAGUACAACACUAAAUGGAACACUCUUAGCCACACACUAGGCCAACUCCACAGUUGGACCACACACGAAGCUCCCCAGCUUCUAACAUCCAUAGACAUCUAUUCGAUAACCCCUAAGGAUAGAAUAGAAAAAACCGAAAAACUUAAAACAGAAGUGGCCGCUAAGAUGGACAUUUUGCACCACCUAAAGCAACAAGCGAGCGAUUUAACCACAACCGACAGUCCCGACGCGAGGAAGCUCAAAUCGCAAAUAGCCGAAAUCCAACAAAAAGUGGACGUAUUAAACCAAAACCUCCAAAGCCAAUCGGCUGUUGUCACCGACGAUUACAAAAACUGGGAGGCCUACCAAGCCAGCAUCGAGGAGAUCACCCCGUGGAUCGAGCAGUCGGAGUGCCAGCUGCAAUUGGGCAUACAAAAACCCUCUACAAUCGAAGAGGCAUUGGAGAUCCAAGCACAAACCAAGCAGUUCCAAAAGGAAAUCGAGCGGCGCCAGGACGCGUUGCGAGGCGUCGCCAGUCUCACUCAAAAGAUAUCGAUACAGACGCACGCGCCCGACGAAGUCGACGCCGUGCAAACGAGAGUGUCGGUGUUGCAGGACACGGCCGCCCAAUGGGGCCAGAAACUGGAUAAACUCGUAGCGAAUUGGGUGGACUUCGAUAGGACCGUUCAGCACCUGGAACAUUGGAUCGACAAAAGCGAGGAAGCUUCCUCCGCUUCACCGGUCAACCUUAAAACCCCCAACGUCGACGAAUUGGAAAAAGAAUUAACCAAACUGAAAGCCUUCAACAACGAAAUAUCCGAACAACAAGCUAAAUUGAUAACUCUAACUCAAACAUCCGAUGGGAUAUGUUACAACAUUAGCCCGGAAGGUGCUGCGUUGGUGAAGAACCAAGUUCAUGAACUCAAAUCUAAAGUUUCUAAAUUAGCCGAAGCAGCUAGAGCUAAAAUAAACGAAAUAUCCGACGCUAUACUGGUUAAACACGAUUUCGAAACCAAAGUAGCCGAUUACAACAACUGGAUAGAAUCGAUGCAAGCCAACAUUACCCAACUGGACGAAAUACCUGCGGAUAAAAUCGAUUCGACUCUAAUCAACAUCCACACGCUAUUUCAAGAACAUUCUGAAAAACAACCCUUAUUUAACACCAUUUACAACGAAAUUAAAGAAAUCGCUUUGCAAUCACCGCAAAAAGCUAUGGAACCUCUAACAGAGGAAUACUCCGCUUUGGUGCAAAGGAACCAAGAAAUCGAGCACAAAUUGCAGGAGAAGAAAACGCAACUGCAGAAAUGGAGCGAAUUGCUCAACUGGCACGCGGAAUCCAUGAAUCAAUUAUCGCAUAUUAAAUACCAAAGCGACGCCGAAAAACUCAACCCCGAGGAACUUAAGAAACUGAUUAACGAAACCGACAACAUACUAGAAAAAGUAGUCAAUUGGAAAGAAACGUCCCAAAACAUAAACACCAAGGACAUAAUCGUUCUGGACAAGCAAACCGGUUUACCUCGAACGCCUGAAAACGUCGUAAGAGAAAUCGAAAUCAACACCAUCAAUCUCAAAGAGCAAUUAGCCAACAAAGUGUCCAAUCUUCAAACGUUAAUGCAGCAACGCGCCCAAUUCGCCCAACUGCAACAGGAAGCAAUGGCCGAAUCGGACGCCACUAAAGCGAAAUUAGCGGAAAUCCUCGCGCAAGUCAAGCACUCCAGCGAUCUACCCAAAGCCGUCGAGCAAUUGAACGACUUACUGCAAUCCCAGUUAGCCCAAUCCCCGGUUAAAGAGAAGCUCCGCAACGAAGCCGUGCAGUUGAUGAAGAAAGACCUCCAAAACGUUUCUGUCAUACAAAAUUCCCUCUCCGAAAUAGAGCAGAGCUUCAACAAAACGUACGACGCGAUCAGAGACGAGCAUUUGAAUCUGUCCGACAUCAUCUACGCUUGGAACGAGUUUCAAGAGGCCAAAGAUAAAAUCGUUACCGAUAUUGGUAAAAUCGAUAAGAGUGUGGAGAAUUUAGAUGCCCCGAACGAUGUGAUUCACGCCGGAGUGAACUGCGAAAAGGCCAAAAAGGCUCUAGAAGCUAUAAAGAAGACUCGAAUCGCUUUAGACAAGACUGACGCUAGAGCGCAAACGGUCAUUAAAAAAUCCGAAAACAUCCCAGGCAUCGAAUCCGAGGUUAAAAGAGAUCUGAAAAUACUAAACGACGCUUGGUCCAAAAUCUACGAGCGGAUAUUAAAAGUGGUGCAGAAGACCGAGUCCCAAGCGGCGAUUUGGAAGCACAUCGAAGACACCAAGACCAACCUGCUUCAAUGGCUGAGCGAACAGAACAACGAAAUCAUCAAAGCGGCCGAGAAGCCGAACGAAAAAGAGAUAGCCCAAGCGCGAUUGAGCAAAUAUCGCGAGGAAUUACCUGCACAGCAAAGAUUAUGUCAGAGCAUACCGCAGAAGAUAGAGCAAUUGCGCCAAUCUUGCGACAGUGAAGAGAUUCCCAAUCUGCAAAGUCUAGUAACGCUAUUAAACGAAGGCUUCGCGACGUUGGAUCAGAACGCUAAGCAACUCGAAUCUUUGACAUCCACGUUCGAGGAAAACGAGAAAAUCAUCAGGAAAAACAUCAAAGACACCGGCAACUCUAUAUCGUCGCUUAGAGAAGAAAUAGUCAAGUGCGAAGACUUAUCCGGAGACAACGCUAAGAUAUUGGAACGGCUACUUAAAGUCAAAAACUUGAAGCAACAAUUGCAAAAUCACGACCAGAACAUAAAACAAAUCGAAAACGACAUACAAACGAUGAAAAUCAAUUACCCGAACUUCGAGAACGCCCUUUCCAAAGAACAGCAACUGCUCAAAAAACGAUUCGACACUACCAUCAGUCACGUCGAUAAAAUCGAGAAUUCCCUUCAAACGUUCCUCAAUAAAUUCCACAACGAAAAGUACGGGGCCUUGCAAAGGAUCAUCAACGUGCACAAAGAGAAAAUCCAAUGGUGUUUACCCGAAUCCACAAGCGAUAAAUACAAUUUGGAAGUCAAACUGAAGGCUUUGGAACCUAUUCAAGCAGUAUUGGAGGACUGCGAAAAGAGAAAACAGGAAUUACUGAAUUCCAUUGCGAUUUUGGAACAAAUCGAAAAACCGGAUUCCAUUAAACUACAAAAAGCCGAACUGGAUCAUUUAUUAUACGAUUUAGAUACUCUCAAUAAACAGUUCGCCGAUGCAAAAACCACCCUUCAAAACAGCAUAGCCCUUCACGUAAAAUACGAACAAUUAUCCGAAAGUAUAGCUAACUGGCUGAAAGAAGCUGAAAACAAAGUCAAAGCAGAAAGCAGUCUACAAAUGGACGUUAACAAUAUCGAUAAGAAACUCGAAGAAAUCUCCGCUUUGUACCAAGAAGUGAAAGAUUACCAACAAGAAAUAGACAAAUUAACCCCAAUUAGCGAGGAACUAACCAAAGAAAUGCCCGACAGCAGGAUCAAACCGUUCGUUCAACAUCUUAACAGCAGAUACCAAGGUCUGAACAAAUUCCUAGCUCAUUACGUGGACAAAUUGAAGGAACUCGACAAAUACAAAUCGGAUUACGAAACAUCCAUAAAAGACGUGGAAGAUUGGCUGGUCAAAGCCGAAGGCAAAGUAAACGCUUUCUUCAAGAGCGCCAAGAAACCCAACCAAACCAUCCUGGAGGAAUUAAAGAACUUCGUCAAAGAGAAGGAAAUUGGACAAACAUUGCUCGCCAAAGCCGUAGAACGCGGCGAGGCCAUCUUCCCUGGCGUCACUCCGGAAAACAGAGACAUGAUUCGGGCGGAAUUGAGAAAUCUAAGAGACAAAUCCGAAGUUCUCAUCGACAAAGUCAACACUAUCUACAAACAAGUCGAAGCCAGUCUGAUGCAAAGGCAUUCGUUCGACGACAGCCUGCAGCAAGUCAAACUCUGGAUCGACGACGCCGAAUUGAAAUUAGGCGAUGAAAUCAAACUGGACGCGACGCUUCUGGAUAAGAAGCAAACUUUACACAGCUACAAGAUUCUAGCGCAGGAUAUUAACUUGCACAAGACGAUCUUGGAGCAAUUGCAAGAGAAAAUCGGAACGCUCUCCGACGCUGAUGCAGAGAAUAAAUUAGAAGACAACUUGCAAAAGUACAAUAAACUGGCAAGUGAAGUUGAUAAGAGGAUCGAAAUUGCUGAGAAAUUCGUCGCGAAUCACGAAUCCUACAAUCAAGCGGUGGAAAAGUGCAGAGAUUGGUUGAGCGCUUUGACCACCGAAGCUGCUUUAAUCGUCGAUGAAACUUCGACAGAGAACUCCGAAUCGAAAUUAGCGAUCGUUGAAAAUCUCUUGGCGCAGAAACAGGAAGGGGAUAGAAUGAUUAGCUUGUGUAAACAACAAUUAGAAACCGUCUUAAAGCAAACCGCUCCUGCUGGACACCCUUCGUUGAUUAACAAUUUCGAAGAGCAGGAGAAAUCUUGGCAAACGUUCUUGGAAUUGUGCCAAGAAGCACUGGAAAAACUAAGCGAAAUCCAAAACCAAUAUCUAGAAGUAUCCAAAAUCGUCGACGAUUUGGAAAACUGGCUGAAAACCAAGGAAAACUUCCUAAAAGACCAAAGCCUGAAGAACACCGAAAGCACGAAGAAAGCCCAUCUGGACAAACUCGAGUCAUUACAGAAGGAGAUCCAACAAAAAGAGCCGGACUUCAACAGAUUCCUCGAAUUGAGCAGUAAAUCCCUAACUGUCGACGCGAGAAUUUCACAAAUACCUACCAGAUAUCAAUCACUUAGAAACGCUGUUAAGGAGAACAAAGGAAAAUAUGAGAACUACGUCAAAGAGCAUCACGAUUUUAAUAUCCAGUACAACGAAUUCCUGCAAUGGUUGAUGGCAAAAGAAGAAGACCUGCAAAACUUUUCGCAAAUCGUAGGAGACGUUAACGUCCUACAAAACAGGCAAAAGGAAGUUAAAGACUUGAUAGACGAACGAAACCGAAGAAUUCCGGAAUUCGAAAAUUUGGUAGACAAAGGCGAAAAAUUGUACGCACAUACCUCGCCAGACGGCAGGGAAAUUAUAAGACAGCAACUGAAGAACAUCAGAACCAUCUGGGACACCCUUACCGAAGACCUCCAAGGAGCCAACAACAAAUUAGAGCAAUGCCUAACGCAGUUUUCCGACUUCACCGCCACCCAAGAGCAACUGACCAACUGGCUCAAAGACGUCGAAAAAGCCAUGCACCAACACACCGAACUCAAAUCCACCCUGCAGGAGAAACGCGCCCAAUUGCAAAACCACAAAAUCAUGCACCAGGAGAUCACCUCGCACCAACAACUCGUCGCCCAAGUUUGCGACAAGGCGCAGCAGCUGGUGGAUCAAACGCAAGACAAAUCACUCAACAUCUAUCUGCAAUCUAUCAAACAACUCUUCGCCAAUAUCGUCAACAAAUCGGAGGAGUUGCUGAAGAACUUGGAGGAGUGCGUCGAUCACCACGCGAACUACAACCAAUUAAUAGCCGAUUUCAAAAAAUGGAUCGGGGACCAGAACGAAAGGCUGAUGGAAUUUGUUGAUACCACCGGAGAAAAAAGCGACAUCAACAAGAGGAUCGAUAAUAUCCACGCUAUAAAAAGAGACAGCGAAUCCAAAGGGCCCCAACUGCUGGAUAAGCUGAAAGAAAAUGUCCUCAAUGUGGCUAAGAGUACGGCUCCGGCUGGAAUUGAAAAUUUGAAAACGGAACUUAUUUCCUUGGAGGAACUCCUGCAAAACCACUUGGACCUAAUCAACUCGACAUUGAGCAAUCAGAAUGACGCUUUGAAGCAAUGGAACGAAUUCGAAUCGGCUCUGGAAGCUCUGAACCAAUGGUCCAAAACCGUCGAAGCCGAUUUCAGAGACCAACCUCUUCAAGUCGGUUUGGAAGACAAAGAGAACAAGCUCAAAGAGCUGCAGAAACAACGCGAAGAAAUCUCCACCAAAGAAAAGGAAAUAGACGAUUUCGUCGAUAAAAGUCACGCGUUGUUAAAAACCAGCGGCUCCAACAAAAUCAAGCAAAUCACCUCGCAAAUCAGCAACAGAUUCCAAAAUUUGCACGUUUUGACCAAAGACAUCGUCAACAGAUGGCAAAAUAUCGUCGACGAUCACAAAAAAUACCAACACAAACUAGAAGAAACAUCAGCUUGGUUAUCACCAUUAGAAGAUCAUUUAAAAGCUCUACAAGAAGGUCAAAUAAGCGACAGCGCCGAAGCUAACAAUCGCUUGCAAGUCCUGCUCUCCGAAGCCGAGCAAGGCGAGCACAAACUCAACUCUUUAUCGCUACUAAGCGAGCGAUUGCUGCCAGACACAGCGACAGAGGGCAGAGAUAUAAUCAGAGCGGAGAUUAAAGCGAUCAGAGACAGAUGGGAAAAUUUAGCCGAAGGGGUGAAACAGCAACAGAAGCUGCAAGAAACCCAGUCACUUCAACUCGCCAACUACCAGGACUUACUCCAGCAAGCGCUGACGUGGCUGGAUGCCAUCGAGAAACAGAUCAAGAUCGAGCCCAACUCGUGGACGUCCAUCCAAGAAGUCAGAGGAAAGUUGCUCAAGCACAAAACCACCAACCAGGAAAUUUUGGCCCACAAGAGAUUCAUCGACGGAGUUAUAGAAAAAGCUGCAGCGUUAGCCCAACACACCAGCGGCAGCGAUAAAAUAGCAGAAAUAGAAGACACCGCGUCUUCCAUAAGCAACCGCUACCAAAACUUGCAGAAAGCCGCUCAAGACAACAUAAAACAAUUAGAGAAUUGUCUGGAAGUUUUCCAACAAUUCUACGACAUGCACAAGGCGCAGCAAGACGAUCAGAAGCAACUGUGGGAGAAGUUGAACAGCAACUUGGAUUAUGGCGGUAACAAGCAAUCCCUGGAAAAGAAACUGAACUUCAUCGCGGACCUCCAAGAGAACUUGCCGGAAAGCGCCAUGAAACUGGACGAGUUGCGAGCUUUCAUAAAGCAAAAAGCGCAGAAUUUGCCGGCCAGAGCGCAGGAAAAUAUGCAAAGGGACGUGGACAAUCUGAAAUUCGACAGGGAGAAGUUUAUUACAACUCUAGCCGAUGCCAAAUCUGCAUUGGAAAGUAGACUUAAGCAAUGGAGCGACUACGAAACCACCCUGGAUAAACUGUUGUGCUGGCUGGCUGACGCUGAAAUGACUCUGAAGAAUUACACUCUAAAAUCCACGUUGGACGAAAAACAAGAACAAUUCGAUAAAUACCAGGAACUAUCUAGAAUGAUCGAAUCGAGGAAAAUCGACAUGAAGGAGUUUGUUACGUUUACAGAUGAUUUGGAGCAAGCGUUGGCUCUAACUUUGAGACAAAACGAACCGGAAUUCGAUCGACUGUCGGACAGUUCCGCCGAAUUGGUGCAAAGCAGCAGCGACGCGAGGAUCGCCAAUAACGUGCAACAGAUAAUAUCCAGAUUCCAGUCGGUGCAGGUCACUGCCAGGGAGAUACUGAAGAAAUCCGAACAGGCUUUGGCCGAGCACAAACAAUUCGCCGACAAAUACCGCCAAUGCUCCGAUUGGAUCUCUGUUACCAGAAACAAAUUCGAUGAAUGCGAGAGGAACAUCCAAGGCGCUUCGCGACAGAGCUUGGAAGACCAAGCGAAGAUAAUCGAGGAGCUGAUGUCGCAACGACCCAACGCUACGUCUCUCCUCAACAGCACUAUUGAAACGGGAGAAAAAUUGUACUCGUCCACAUCUUUGGAAGGUAAGGAGGUGAUAGGUAAGCAAUUGCAAGAUCUGCGCGACGCCAUGGACUCGCUCUUCGACGAAAUCACCAAAACGGACAGGAACUUGAAAUCCGAUCACGUCAAGUGGCUGGGAUUCGAGGAGACCUUAGCCAAAGUUUCCAACUGGCUCAAGGAAACCGAGAAGCAGCUACCGCAGGAAAUUGAGUUGAAAGCUACUUUGGAAGAAAAGAAACUCCAGUUGCAAGUGUAUAGGAGUAAUUUACACGACUUAUCUUCCCGCCAACCGGAUAUUGCUGAUUUGCGCGACAAAUCCGACAGCUUGCCGGAGAAGAACCUGCACAUCGACAACCAAUUCAAAAACGCUUCGGACCAAUACGAAAAACUAUUGGAGAAAGCCCAGCACUUCGUGGAACAGUACGAGGUCAUCGUUGCUAACCACCAGCAAUACGAUAAAGCUGUCGAAGACGCCAACGAUUGGAUCGAUACAACUAAUUCGACCAUUGGAAAUUUGGCUGACUUGGAUUUGGAUAGGACAAGCUUACAAUCCAAUUUGGAGAGAUUAAAAGCACUUAAAGCUUCCAUGCGCGACGAGGAAUCUAGAAUACUCUCCGUGAAAUCUCUAGGAGACAAAGUCAUCCCAGGCACCAUAGACUACGGUCAGGUUACCAUAAGAUCGGAGAUACAAAAAUCCCAACAAGAAUGGGCAGCUUUAGUUUCCCUUUUGGACGCUUCGAUCCAGCAACUCGAAAACAAACUCGCCCUUUGGACCGAGUACGAAUCCCUUAAAGACAAAUGUCUCACAUGGAUCAGAGACACCGACAAUAAACUCCACUCGGUAGAUCUAAAACCUACCGCGCACGAGAAGAAAAACCAGCUCGACGUCCUCAAGAAACUCCAAGGCGAAGUCAAGGCCAAAGAACUGGAAAUCGAUCAAGUCACGGAGCGAGCGCAGCAAUUGAACAAAGGCAUAAUGGGCAGGCCGUCGCAGAUAUCCGAACUCGGCGUUAAAUACCAGCAAAUCUGCCAGAAGAUCAAGGAUCUGACCGCCAGAUGGCAACAGCACGUCGCCAAUCACCAAGACUUCGACACGCAAGUCGAACGAUUCUCCGAAUGGAUGAACGACAUCAAAAACAAACUGGCUUACUGCUCGGACAUUACGGGCGUCCCCCAAAAGGAAAUGGAAGCCAAAUUAGAAGCAGUGCAGGAAUUGGUGUUGCGAAAAGAGGAAGGCUCGUCGAAGCUGCAAGCUUUGGUUGAGCUGGCUCAAAUCGUCCUGGCUAACACGGCGCCUCAAGGCCAUACGGAAAUCAACGAAACGCUCGCUAAACUCCAAGAAGAUUGGUCUAACUUAGCGUCUUCGUUGGUCGAAACCAAGAGCACUCUGGACGAGGCUCUGACCAAAUGGGCUGAGCUGCUGCAGGAGAUCAAAUCGCUCGUUAAGACGAUCGAAUCUCUGGAAGCGCAAUACGACGAAUUGUCCCCGUUGCAAGCCACGUUGACCGAAAAGAAGACUUUCUUAGCGAGAAUCAAGACACUAGAAGAGAAAACUAGAGGAGAAAAAAUCGACGUCGACAAUUUCGCCUCGCAAGUGGCCCAAGUUCUGCAGAAGAAGAAAGGCGGCGAAGCCACCACGGAAGCGCAAGAAACCCUCAACAAAUUCGUUGCUCUAGCUGAGAAAAUAUUCAAAUUAUCAUCCGAUCGAGACGCGCAGUAUAAAGAUCACAAGGUCUACAAGGAAGCCUACGACGAAGUCCAAAGUUGGAUGACCAGGGCCCAGGAAAAGGUACCGCAAUUGCAGCGACCUUUGGGCGAAAAACUCACGGUGGAAGCUCUAGCAGCUCCGCUGGAUCACUUGCUGAACAAGAAAGCUCAAGGAGAAGUUCUCCUGGAAAAUUUGGAACACACCGCUCAAGUCGUUCUUCCAAACACCAACGAUAAAGGCCAAGAACUGAUAAACAACGACAUACGAGCCUUAAAAGAGGCCUUUGAAAGACUCUUUAAAGACCUCAAACAACAAAGAGAACAAUUAGACAACGUCCUAUCCAAUUGGCGAGAUUACAAAGACGAAUACGAAAAAGUCUCGGAUUGGCUGCAACAGAUAACGAUCCUCAUAAAGAACCAGAAAAUCGCCUUAAUGCCUACACUACAGGAAAAAGAAAAGCAAGUCAAAGACGUCAAAGACAUCCUUAAAAACCUAAUCGAAGGAAAAGACCAAAUAGACAAAUUAAACAAAUCAGCAGGCGUGCUGCUAAAUUCCCCGCUAGAAACGCACGUUAACCACCAAUUGCAACAACUAAACUCCAGAUAUCAAGUGGAAGUCAGCCUAGCCAACGACGUGUUGAAAAAAGUCGAAAACAACUACGAGCAACACAAAGAAUACUCCGAGAAUCUGGAGAAGACGCGAGGUUGGAUCGACAACGCCCGAGAAUUAGUCAGAGUGUGCUCCGAAGCUGUAUCUCACAGCAGCAAAGACACCUUGCAAUCGCACCUCGAUAAAAUCCAAGAGCUGCUGCUACAGCGAGAGGAAGGCCAAAAUUUAGUCCACGUAACCGUCAAUUGCGGCGAAAAGGUAAUCAGAAACACCAGAUCCGACGGCAGAGAGACCAUCAACAACGAGAUAAAAGAGAUACAAUCGGACUGGGAACGAAUCGUCAAGAAACUGGCCACCACUAAAGUUAAUCUAGAAACUGCUUUGCUACAAUGGGCCGACUACGACAGCUCCUACAACCAGCUACAACAGUGGAUAACCGAUCGCGAAGCGAAGCUUCAACAAGUCACCGAGCCCAAAGUGACGAAAACAGAAAAGAAAGGCCUGAGCAGCCUUCCUAUCGGCGACAAAAAGGCCACUCUUCGCGAAACUGGCAGUAUUUUACAAGACAUCGUUUCCUUCGAACCAAUGAUCCAAUCUGUUGCGUCCAAGGCUGAGGAUCUCAAACAAGCAGCUCCAGCUUCCGAAAUUUCCACCAAGUACGAAAGCUUGUCCAGGCAAGCUCAAGAGUUGUACGACAAACAGAAGGAGGUGGUGGAAAAGCACGAGGCUUUCGUAGAUGCUGCUAAUGACCUGCACCAAUGGAUCAGGAACGCCAGAGAGCGCUUGGGCAAAUGCUCGGAGCCGACCGGCGACAAGGAGAGCUUGGGUAGCAAACUGUCACAGCUAAAAGCGCUGAAAAACGAAGUAGCAGAGGGCCAGAAGAAGUUAGAAACUGCCAUCGACUUGGCGGAUAAAGCCAUACCUUUCGCUACGGAUAUGGACAAAGAAAUUAUAGAAGAAGAAGUAGGUUUGUUGCAAGACGAUUUCGAUAGCUACGUGGAAGAUUUGAACAACACGAAGAGCUUGUUGGAAACGGGCAUAGUGAAGUGGACGGAAUACGAAGAACAAUACCAAGAUGCGCUCGAAUGGCUGUCGCAAACGGAGAAAAUGGUGCAGUCUUACAACAAGCUACAAGACAGCUUGGAGGAAAAACGCGCCGUUUUGGAGCACUUCCAGCUGCAACUGCAGAACUUGUUUGAUUGGCAAACUGAGCUAGACAAAUUAAAUAUGAAAGCUCAGGUUCUAUUAGAAACUUGCGCAGACACGAGAGUCAGUAACGCUAUCACCCAAAUCUCCACUAAAUACAACGCAAUUCUAUCCUUAGCAAAAGAAAUAAUGCGCAGAUUAGAACUGCAUUACCAAGAGCACCAACAACACAACGCCCUCUACCAAGAAUGCCAAGAUUGGAUGGACAGAACGAGAGACAAACUGAACAGUUGCUUGGAAAUCCCCAACACACUAUCAGAAGUCAACAACAAACUGCAAAUAGUCAAAAACAUUCGAUCCUCGUUAGAACAAGGCCAGAACAAGUUGAGGUACAUACAAGAACUGAAGGAGAAAGUCAUCAUGAACACCGAGCAAUCCGGCGCCGCUAAAAUCAAGGAAGACACCGAAAACCUCAAAAUCGACAUGGAGAAACUGCUGAACGACACCCAAGAUGCCAGGUCCAAAUUGCAAGCCAGAAUUAACCAGUUAGAAGACGUCGACAAAAUUUACAAGCAGCUCCUCGAUUGGCUCGACGAACAAGAAAGCCAAAUUCGCUUCGACGACGAUUAUCUCAACGAAUUGGGCGAGAAACGGGCCAAGCUGGAGAAACUGAAGGCAGUUCAGAAGGAAAUUGACGCCCACAACGAUUUGGUAGACAAACUCAAAGCCAAGCUAGACGAAGAUUCUUCGCUCCGGAGCAAAGAUUACGAAAGCGCCAUCCAACGCUUCGAAAAAUUCAAGAAAAACUUGAACGACUUAUCCGCGAAUCUGCACUCAGAAGUGGACGAUCACGACAAAUACAAAUCCUCCUACAACGCGUCGUGCGAUAAAAUCAGAAAAGCGCAAAUGGAGUUGCAGACUUGCUCCGAUUUGCACAACGAAUUGGACAAGAUAAUCGAGAAAGAAUCCAAAGCGUUCGAAAUAUCCGAGUCUCUCAAAGAAUGCGACGAUCUAAUCCACAAAACUAUAGAACUCAGCAUUCUUGUCAUGAAAACUACAGGCAACGAAGGCAAAGAGAUCAUCAGAAACGAAAUCGAACAGCUUAACAUCGAUUGGGAGGGACUGCAAUUCAUCUGCGAGGACACCAAGAAAUCUCUGAAGAAUUGCAAAAACGCUUGGGAAGAAUACAAGAAUUGCUACAACUCGAUGAGCGAGUCGAUAGAAAAGCACCAGCAAUCUCUAGGCGAAUACGCAAACCUAGAAUUCAACUCCGAAGCUUUAGAAAAAUGCAAAGCUUUACUGGACGAUAUAGUAGCUUUGAAGCCCAGCAUGGAGAAUCUCACGGAUCUCUGCGAGACUCUCAUCGAAUAUUGCGCCAUUAGCUGGGUGAGAGACAAAACAGUGCAGCUACAAACCAAAUACAUGAAUCUCCUGACCAACACCCAAACUCUAGUAUCGAAAAUAGAGAAGAACCUGACGGAUCAAACGGAUUUCGUAAACACCAAAAAGGAGCUGGAGCAAUGGCUGCAAAACGCUCACGCCGCCAUCCAAAGCUGCGUCGGCGUCACCGAUGAACCCGCCAUCAAAGAAAAACUGGUCGUCAUUGCCAAUAUCGAAUCCAACUUAGGCGAAGGCCAAGCGCUGCUGAACAAGCUCCAAGAAUCCUUCGGCAAGGCCAUCAACGUGGCUCCGAGCGACAAACAAAACGAACUCAGAGACGACAUGACCGCGCUGAGGAACAGCUGGGAUCAAAUCAACAUGAACAUCAAGUCCAUCCAGGCGCAACUCAAAGCCAGCCUGGCCAGAUGGGAGGAGUUCAACAGCAACAAGCAGGCCUUUGACGCUUGGCUGACCGCCACCGAGAAGAAGCUGCACGAGAAAGUCUCCACCAAAGGCGAAGUCAGCGAAAUAAAAACCUUGCUGGAACGGUUCAAGAAUUUACAAAGCGAAAUCCACAACAAGGAAAGCGAAUUGGACAGAUUGAGGAACGAUUCUCGUGAAUUGAGCUCGUUGGCGCAACAGCCCACCAAAAUCGAUUCGGUGAACGAACUGGAGAACCGAUACUCCAAACUAGUCGAAGCUUGCAACGCAAUCAAAGAAUCGUUCGAAAAGGAAUUGGACGAUUACAACGUCUACCACCAGAAGCUCCAAGACACCGAAAAGUGGUUGCUGCAAGUCUCCUUCCAACUCAUGGCGCACAAUUCCCUAUACAUCAGCAAUAGAGAACAAACUGAAGAGCAGCUGGCCCAACACGUGGCCCUUUUGGAGGAAAUUCAGAAGUACCAGUCCACUCUCGACGACGUCAGAUCGAAGGGUCAAGCUCAGAUCUCCAAGUACGAGAAAGAAGCGCCCGCUGUUAAAGACAACAUAGAAAGACAACUCAACAACGUCCAGGAGAGCUACAAUUCCCUGUUACAAACUGCUUUGCAAAUCAAAAAUCGACUAGCCGAUUCGCUAGCGAAAUUCAAAGAAUACGAAGACACAUUGGACAGCAUCAUGCAGAAUUUGGACGAAAUCGAACCGGUCGUCAUCGAAGAGUCGGAGAGACCCGUUGAAAACUUGGACGAAGCCAAAGAACGACUGGAAAUUGCAAAAACGCUUCACACAAAAUUGCAGAGCGAGAAAUCUCGAUUGGCGAUUGCCGUGCAAGCCUGCGAAGCAGCUACUGCAUCAAUCAGUCGUCCGAGCAGUCCCAGGGACACGCUACCUCCUCCGGUUCCCAUCAAGGAGCUCGAAUGCAGAGCCAGGCUCGAGGAUGUUAUAGACCAGAUACAAGCUCAUCUCAGCGACUUGACCGCGGCGGUCGCAGAGUUUGAAGAACAAAACAAACAGAGGACGGAACUCAAGAACUGGAUACAAGCUCAAAAGUCGGUGGUGAACGAUUGGAAGAAUCGACCGGUGAAGUUGCGAGCGGACGCUGCUAAACAGGACAUCAGCAACAUGAACGAUCUUCUGGCUUCCAUAGACCAGCGCAGGAAUCUUCUGAUAUCGGAAUUGGCUGCGUCUGGCGACGAAAACGACGAGUUGGAGAGGGCAUUGAACGAAUUGGAGAAGGAUUUGAUAGGCGUCAUUGCGCAGAAACAAGCUAAUAUGGAAGUAAUUGACGAUUACAGACAGAAUGUUCAAGUCAUGAACAAUUGGCUGGAUAAUUUGGGCAAACGUAUAGAAGCUAUAGACAAGGGUUCGGGUCUAAAUUGCGAUCAAAAACAAGCCUCCAUUCAAGAAAUUAAAGCCGAAUUUGACGAUCAAGGUCCUAAAAGAUUGGAUGACUACAAACGGCUCGCUGCCCAAGUGACGGAAUUCGUCAAUAAUUUAGACUCCCAGCAAAUCGAAGACCAAUCGAAAUCCAUCGAAAGGCGCUACAACGACUUGCUGAAGAGGCUCCAAAGAAAACUACAAGUAUUGGAAACGACUAAGAAAGGAAUCGAAGACACUACUAACGAAAUAGCCACAGCUAGAGAAUGGAUACAAAAGAAAACCGCUGAAUUGAAACAACCGGAACCCUUAGGCUUCGAAAGCAGGAAAAUAGACGACAAAAUCAACUCUUUGAAAGACCUACUCAAAGAAGCAGGCGCUAAACAGAUUCUCAAAGAAACGCUGCUCAAACGCCUUACCAACAUGUCCAACGAAUUAGAACCGAACGAAGCCUCCCAAAUCGACAAGCACUUGAAGGACCUAGACAACGAGCAAGGCCAACUAACCGAUCUAAUCAAAUCGGAAAUCGACAGAGUAUCCACGGCAGCCGACGCCAGAAGGAAACUCGAACAGGACCUCCACAAAGCCAAGGCCUGGCUCAAAGCCAAAAACGCCGAGAUCAAGAAACUCUCCGGCUACCUGCCGCUCAAAGCCAGCCAAGUGGAAAACGAGAUAGAGCAGCACGCCGCCCACGAAGCCGACAUCAAGCGGUUCAAAGACGGCGAGCUGAACGACCUGCUCAAACUCGGCAACGGCAUCCUGAAGGAUUGCGACGCGAACGAUCGCGAGCGCCUCCAGCGUCUCCUCGACGAAGUCCAAGACGAGUACGAAUCGCUCCAGCAGGAGUCGCGGCAAAAGAUCGCCGCCUUGCGGGACUUGUUGAACGGACGAAACGGCUUCGAGAACCAGAUCGAGGAGUGCGUGAACUGGCUCAAGGAAGCCGAAGUGGCCACGUCCUCGGACAUCAGAGGCAGCAACGUCGACGUGCUCGAAGAGCAGCUGGUGAAAUACGAGAAACUAAACGAAGACUCGAAAUCCUACAAAACAGCCAUUGAGAAGAUUGUCGAGCAAGCCAAGGCGAUCUUACCCACCCUGUGCGAGUCUGAUAAGAUGAUCCUGAACGAUACAAUAUCAGGUCUAAAAGACCGCCACAGACGCGUUACUGACGUUAUAGAAGACAGGGCUACCGGGCUCAAGCAGAACAUCCAGCAGCUGAAGGACGCGCAACAGCGAAUCGAAGACGCCAAGAAGUUCAUUCAGGACAUCAAGGCGCAGCUGCAGGAGCUCAACAGGCCUCUCGGGCCGAAGGUGGAGGACGUGCAGCAAGUUCUGACGGCGUACGAGAGGUUGCUGAGGGACGUUCGAGACAACAAGGCCAAAUUGAGCAGCGCGCCCGGAGCUAAUAUGGCCGAAUUGCAAUCUUUGAUCAACGAAGAAGACGAUUUGAUUAAAUUUAUAGAAGACCAAAUCGCUAAACGUCGCCAAUUGUUGCUUCUAAGAGAACAAUACUUAGCUCUCAUCACGGAAAUAACGACUUUCAUUACUAAAUAUACCGAGAUAGUGAGAGAUAUGGAAAAAUCCAGAGAGCCCAUCCAGGAGAAGAUAAAGAAAUACGACGAUAUUAUUCAUAAAAUACAAGAAUGCGAGGCUUUGCUAGCUUCCGCGUCGGACAAGGGCCAGCAAAUAGCCAACGACGGAUCCGUUCAGGACAAAAACGAUAUAACUGAGCAACUGCAAUCUUUGAAACAAUCUCUGCAGACGCUCAGAAGAGCGGUGGAGAAACAGAGACAAGAACACGAAAAUACCGCCGCUGAACAUCUCAAGAUAUCCGCCGAGCUUGAAGAAGUUUUAGAUUGGCUGCACGACAACGAAAGCAUCGUCAGAUCUCGACCUUUGCUCGGUAGAGACGUCGGAACUGUGGACAGGGAAAUGAAAAACCACGAUAAACUAGCCGAGAAAGUUAAUAGCCAUUUGGACCAAAUCAGGAAGAUCCAAGAAGCGACCAAAAACGACGAAAGCCUGCCCGGUUCGAUUCAAGAACAACUCCAAGAAGCCAAUUCCUUGUUAGUUUCCCUGCCCAGAGAAUUGGAAGAGAGAAGAAACUAUUUGGAAAACAACAAAACCGUUAGAGAAGAAUACGCGGAACACAAACAGAAGCUCUACGAUUGGGUGAAAGAAGCCGAAAUCAGACUGGCCACGUACAAAGAUGGCGUAGACUUCGAAAACAUCCACGAAGAAUUGGAAGAGCACAAGCACUUCUUUAGCACCGAACCCACAAUCAAGGAACUGGUCCACCAGACCAUCCAGCAGGCAGCUGACAAGAUCUUCCCCAGCCUGACAGCCUACGAGCAGGAGGAGCUCAGCAGAGAGCAACAGCAGCACACCCAAACGUUGAAGAACACUUUGAACUCGGCCAAAUCGCAGCAGGCCCAGCUGGAGCAGGACGUGGAAAUUUGGAAGGACUACUGCAACGCUUUGGAGAAAGUCAGGAGCAUUAUCGACGGCGCUAAGUUCACCGACGAACCCGCUUCUACGCUUGCAGGAUUGCACUUUAACGUCCAGAAAAUAUCGCACGCUCUCAAUGAUAUGCAGAGUAUAUUUUUCACCUUGCAGAACCAGCAGCUGGAGCUUGAACUGCUGCAGGAUAGAGUUAACGAAAUCCUCAAGCAGGCGGACCAAAGAAAUCGAGAGAAAAUCCAAUCCCAAAGCGAGGAAAUCACCGAAGAAUGGAACUCUCUCGUAACCGAUCUGGAGAAGAGAAGAGACACCUUUACCGGUUUGGCGCAAAAAUGGGAGAUCUUCGAGAGCAAAUGGCAGAUCUUCGAAAGUUUGCUGGACGGCGUCGCCGAGAAGGCCAAAAACCUGGACUGCGUGGCGAGAAACAAAGAGCACGUGGUUCUCACUAAAAGGAACAUACAAGAGCUGCAAUUGGAAGCCGAUAGCAUCAAAAUCCAUCAAGACGAAGUGAGGAAAUUAUCCGAUGAGAUUCUAAAGUUCCUGACUGGAAGCGCCCAAGCUUCUGCCGAUGCCCUUUCGAAUAAACUGAAGCAACUCGACGAUGCUUAUCAAAGGCUUUUGACUGACCUAAAAGAAAAACACCAAAAAACAACGACAGACUUACAACAACUCGAGCAAUCUCUGCAGGACAUUGCGAACAAAAAAUCCCACUUGCAAAACCUCAAAAAAGAAAUCGAGAAAUUCUACGUAUUCGACGCGAAUCUCUCCACCACCGAAGAAAACCUAAAGCAACUCCAAAUUCGAGUCAAAGAAGCGAUCGGAGACACCAAACAAUUCGCCGCCGAGCUGGCCAAAAGGUACAUCUCAUCGCAGAACUUGGUGCCUUCGGACGUGUCCCAGCAGCUCAACCAAUUGGAAUUAUCCGCGGAAUCCGUGGCGACGGCGAUGGAGGAAAAAGACAGGGAGUUCAAGAAGGCCCGCACCAUCCGCACGGACUUCUCCCGCGACGUGGACGAGGUCCAAAGCUGGAUCAAAGAGGCCGAACUGAGAAUACAAGACCGCUCCAUCGAGCCGCAGUUGCUGCACGAGCACCUGCAACAGAUCCAAUUGGAGCUCGGCAGCGUCCACGACAAAUUGGACAAGCUCACGCGCAACGGCCGGAUCAUCAUAGAAAAGACCAAAGAUAACGAGGAAAAGGAACUAACGCAGUCGACUAUCAACAACCUGACCGAUCAAUUCGUUCAACUCAAAUCGCUGCUGGACGAUAAACGGCAGCAGAUCGGCGAAACUCUCGACGCUUGGCAACGCUUCCUCGGCUUGUACCGAGCCGUGAUGCAAUGGGUCGAGGAAAAGAAGGAAUUCCUGAAGGAACCACUUCGACUUAGCACCUUGACCGAAGCCAAGCAGAAGUUCCACGAAUAUUCAAAUGCCGUGAGGAGCUGCAAGAGCGCUACUAAAAACUUGAGCGAUAUGGCGAAGGAAUUGGAGAACAUCGGUAAUGUGACCAGCGUGGGGGAUUUACCUCAGAAAAUGGAGGAAGCAGAAGAGGCGAAAAUCGAAGUAGAAACGCUUAUUUUGGAACGGAACGGGUUGUUAUCCGAAACCUCGGAGGAAUGGGACCAAUGCGAGAAGAAGAUCAAAGAAGUGCGCAUUUGGAUAGACAAAACGAAAACCUCCUUGGACUCGCAACAAAACAAGAAGAAACCGCUCAGAGACCAGCACGGUUUGCGCGAGAAAACCCUAGCCGACAUCCAAAUACAAAAAACCAAAAUCUCCUUAUCCGUAGAGAAAUUACAGGUGCAUUUCCAAUCGGGCAUCGAGAGCGACUCGAAGGUGACCCAAUCGGCCGAAGAGGUGAUCGUCGAUCUCGACGAACUGAACGCCUCGGUGCGCGCCCAAACCGCCCAACUGGAGGCGGCCAUCGCCCAAGUCGACGGCUACCAGCAGGAGGUGCAGCAGCUGCGCCAGCAGAUCGUGCAAGUGGAGCAACAGCUGCGCACGACGCUGGCGCCGAACUACCUGCCGCACGAUCGAGACCGGGCGCUGCACGACCAACAGGCGUGGAUCGAAGCGAACCGGCGGAAGAUCUCGCUGCUCGUGUCACGCAUCCAACAAACGGAUCCCUACAACGCUUACGUUCAUCCAGAUUAUUCCCUUCUUGGAAUUUCCUACGCCGACGUCACCGCCAGGUGCUCGAAAUCUCAAGAACGCCCGCACGAUAUACUCGAACCGCUCCCUGAGCCAGAACCGCGACCGGAACCCGUUCAGCUGGAGGCCGAAUCGCCGCCGAAGGUGCCGCCUAGGAACCGACGCGGCCGCUCGCCCAGGCCCAAAACGCGUUUGCCCAAGAAAAAACCGGCGAUAGAAAUUUCUGAAGCGCCCGCUGAAGGAGCGAUUUCUUCGCGAUCUCCGGAUGGCAGCCGCUCCCGCUUGGCGGUCGAGGCGAGGCAAGGCGCGCGCAGCCGCUCGCCCAGCCCCAUGUGGAUGCCGGGCCAAACGACCUACGCGGAAAUUUUGAAAGGAAAAUUGAAGAACUCCGAUGGGUUUGGCGGCGAGAGCGAGGAAUUCAUCGAUUCCUUCGAAACCGAACCUGCGCCACCCUCGCAUUUCGCACGAGAACUAGCUACUUCAGAACAAACGCCUAAAGAGAGUCAAGUGGAGCAAUUUUCUCCGCUGCCGGAUCCGAUUCACCAAUGGAACCAAUACCACCAACAAGGUUACGCCACGUUGCAAACGCAAACGAACUACUACGAUCAAUUAUCCGGCUCUACUUACAUCCAACAGUUACCUGAUAUAGUAAAUUUCAUCGCAUCAGGCCAACAAUUACUCAAUUCCGGCCUGGGCACUUUCCACGGCGAUUUGACCUACGAUCGAAGCGUUUACCCGAACGCCGAAGAACCCUCUCCAGCUGAACGCGCCGAAGCGGAAAUCGCAAACGAAGAACCAAUCGGUUCGUACGGCUCAUCUUACGCUAGAAUUUUGGCUCAGGGAUUGCCGUCCAGACCUCUCCAGCCAUCCAGUCCAUCUAGUUUAGCAACAGUGCAACGCUCGAACGCUCGACGAGGCCCCGGACCGAUGUCUCCAGCGCCUGGUGGCUCCACGCGCGUGGAAGAAACGCGGUCCGCGCCGGGGCAGCGCGCUACGUACGAUUCCUUGACGGACAUAUCUCGAGAAGAGAGAUUCCUCAAUGUUGCUGCGGAGCAACAUCAAGAAACAUUCGAUAGAUUCGAAACCGAUCGGUCGUGUCCUCGCCGCGGAGAGCCUGUUGAUGAAACAGGUGGCGAUGGAACGAUCGGAAUUACCUCCCCGAAAGGCUUAUUUAGCGAUAGUGGUGUUUAUCCCAAUGAUAGAGUGAGUAAAAAUAAGAGAAACGAUGAGUUAAGUAAGUCGCAUGUUAAGCAAAUAACCGUAACGAAAUUUAAAACGAAGACUGUUAAGUCGCCCGAAAUUCGCGUGGAAGAGACCAAAAUAACGACCGUUGUCGAAAUGCCUUCGAUCGAAGACGAUUUAGAUCGCGUCGCUGAAGAUAAAAUCAAGAAAUCGAAGAAGAAACGGAAAAAUAAGCAGCCGAAAGCGGAAGAGACUAAAGCGGCUUUCGUGAUUGAAGAAGUCAUCAGGCAUAUUUCUGAUGAAAGUGGAGAUGAAGCGAAAGAACUUCCAGUUAGACCUCCGAAAAAAGAAAAGAAACGUAAACUUAAAAUAGUUCAAGAAGACACCAAUAAACUAGAAAAUCUAGAACAAACUAUUUCUUCUAUAACCUUGUCUGAAUCUAACCACGAAAAUAAUAUUUGCGAACAAAUAUUGGUGGCAGAUCCCUCGAAUACCGCUCAAGAGAUGGUUCAGGAAACUCGAUUAAAAGAAGAAGUUAGCGAAAAGUUGGAAAAGAAAAAGUCUAAGAAGCACAAAGAUGAAGAACCACAAGUUGUAGAAAUUGUACAAGAUGUUACAAAAUUAGAAACUACUCAAAUUGAUGCUUCGGUUGAAGAAGAAUCAAAAGUUAGUAAACCUAAAAGGCAAAAACAUAAGAAACCAUCUAAAAUUGAAGAAACUGUUGAGAAAGAACCAGAGGUUCUCAAAGCAGAGAAAGAAUUUGUAAACACAGAAGUGGUACAAUUGGAAACGACUCCAAUUGAGGAGACAUUAACAUCUGAUAGAGAAAUUAAGCCUAAAAAGAAGAAACAUAAGAAAUCUUCCAGGGUUGUUAUGGAAGAAGGCAAAUCAGAUAUAGUCGAUGAAGAAAUAAUUAAAGAGGAACCUGAAGAAAAAGUUGUCAAAUCAGAAAUUGUUCAAAUUGAAACGACAACUAUUGAAGAAAUAUCAUCAACUGAUAAAGAAAUUAAACCCAAAAAGAAAAAACAUAAGAAAGCUCCUAAAGUUGUUCUGGAAGAAUGCAAAUCAGAUAUUACCGAAGAAGUUACUGAAACCGAGCAACCUGAAGGAGAACUUCUGAAAUCAGAAAUUGUUCAAAUUGAAACUGCAUCAACUGAGGAAAUAUCAUCAACUGAUAAAGAAAUUAAACCCAAAAAGAAGAAACAUAAAAAAACUCCUAAAAUUGUUAUCGAUGAAUGCAAAUCAGAUAUAGCUGAAGAAAAUGUUAGUAAAGAAGAACAACUUAAAGAAGAAGUUGUGGAAUCAAAAAUUGUUCAAAUUGAGACAGAAUCAAUUGAAGAAACAUCAACAUCAGAACAGGAAAUUAAGCAUAAAAAGAAGAAACAUAAGAAAGCUCCUAAAAUUGUUAUCGAUGAAUGCAAAUCAGAAAUAGUUGAAGAAGAUGUUAGUAAAGAAGAACAACCUGAAGACAAAGUUGUGGAAUCAGAAAUUGUUCAAAUUGAAACAGCUUCAAUUAAAGAAAUUUCAACAUCAGAUAAAGAAAUCAAACCCAAAAAGAAGAAGCAUAGGAAAGAUCCUAAAAUUGUUAUCGAUGAAUGUAAAUCAGAUGUAGUUGAAGAAGAAGUUAGUAAAAAGGAGCAACCUAAAGAAGAAGCUGUAAAAUCAGAAAUUGUUCGAAUCGAAACGACAACAAUCACUGAAGAAACGGGAACUGAUAAUAAACCUAAAAAGAAAAAGCAAAAGAAAACAACUAAAAAUGAUAAUGAAGAAAUUAUACCUAAUAAAAUUGAAGAAAUUAAAACUGAUGAUUCAGAAAUUAAGCCAAUUGAUAAUAUCAAAACCGAGGUAUCUGAAAUCGUUAAGAAACCUAGAAAGAAAAAAGAUAAAAAUGACCAACAAACCAAAAUAGAAGAAGCUACUGUUAUUAAUCAACUUACAGAAAUUCCUGCUAUUGAAAAUAUAAAACCUGCAGAAGCUUUACAAAAGAGUUGCGAUAAAGAAGAAAUUAUAAUCGAUUUAGAACCCGAAAGUGUAUCGGAAAAUUCCGCUGCCACUGGAGAAGACGUUCUUAUUGAAUUAGGAAACGAUUGUAAUCAACUAGAAGAAACUCUGGAAUUGUUGCAGACAACUUACAAUGGAACAAAAGAAAUUGAAACCCCCGAAAUAACCCUAAUAAAUGAGAGUGACAAACUGGUACAGCAGGAAAUUGACGUUAUCCCGCUAAAUACUUCUAACAGCUCUUCAAUUCUUUCAUCAACUGUUACCAAUACUUCACCAGAAUCAUCGGUAAUCGAUCACAACAAAAUGACCGUGUCAGAAAUCAACGAAAUAUUUUUGAAUAAUGAGAAAAUCAUCAACCAAAUUCCGUGCAAACCGUUCGAAGAUGCGUUGAAGAAAUCAACGAAAAACGAACUAUUGGCGUCCAGUAAAGAAGUUAUGCAAGCAUCAUCAGACAUUGUCCAAUCGGUAAUUUCUAAUGCUUUGUCGAAAAUAACCACCAAGAAAGAACAAACAACCGAAAGAGAAGAGAGAAGUGUGAACACUGUUUCUACUACUAAUACUACUACUACUGUUAAAUCGGUGGAAAGAAAAGAGACUGGGGAUAGUAACAAAAUAGCCGUUAAAAUUACUACUGAAAUCCAAAAACCGAAGGAAACUAAAAAAGUCAUCUUAAUUACACACGAAGAAGUCCGAACAAAACCAGUGGUAUCCAUAAAAAUGGAAUUCAAAGAUAAUUCCACCAAACUGUUAGAGGAGCAACUUAUUGAAAACGUUGAAAUUAACACUACAAAAACCAAUAAUACCGAAUUAUUCGUUAAUGUAGAAGAACAUCUACUCACCAACGGCCAUUCCACGGAAGAAGACACCAAAGAGAAACGAAUAGAAGAUCCAUUCUCUAUCGAUAUGGAGCAAGUUCUAUUCGGGUCCGUAAAGGAAAGGCCUAGUCAAAAAGCGGCUAGGAAAGCCAAACAGGCGAGCCAAAAGGAACUUCUCUCUCCUUCUAACAUUGAAAUAACAACCACCGACGUCACGGUUAAAAAUGUGACUGAAAUUGACGGAACAGAAGUGUCAUUGUCAAGGGUAGAUUCAAUAGUUGAAACUGAAAUUAAUACUUUCGAAAAUAUUAUGGACGUUUUGGAUUCGCGAAAGAAGAGAAAAAAUUCGAGAGACGGGACCAAAUCUAAAAGCGACGCCAAGGGUUCUAAUAGUGAGUCGGUCGAGACCUCUUUGGUUCAAUUUAAAGAUAACGAACCGGCUUUUAUUUCAGACGAGGAAUUGGUGGAAAAACCCUUAACAGUAGAAAGCGAAUGCAAAGAAUCCGAUGAUAAAGUACCAACGUUAACGGUAGUGGAACAAGAAACUAAAAAAUCCAAAAAGAAGAAGCAGAAAAACAAGAAAGCUAAAAGCGAGGAAGAUUCGCUAUCUAAACCACCGCAAGAAGCACAAGAUACAGCAGAAACAUCUAAAGUUCUAAAGCAGCUCAAAGAGGAAACUUUGCAGAAAUACCAACUGAACAUCGCUAAUAUUCCUGAUAGGAAAACCAAACAUGUUCCUAAAAGUGAAACCAAAACUCCAGAAGAAAAACGCGAAGAAUUUCAUAGACAACUAAUUUCUGAGGAUAAAUUCGAAGUGAUUCCAGACGAAACCAUUCCAAAAUCUGACACAGAAAAUUUCAUUUUCGUCGAAAAAGAACACCAGGAUGAAGAUAAUCGGGAACCAGCAUCGCCCAAAAUCCGCGUUAUUAAAAAACAAGAUUUUUACGAAAACCUUCCGUCUGUUCCGCUAUCUCCGGAAGCACCUUUACCGGAAAUUGCAUAUUUAGAAGCUACAUCAACGGAUCUAACUCCAACAAAAUUAGCGGAAGAACCGAAACAAACCACCAAUGACGCUCUCACGGAGCUUAAACAAAGCACCAUUAACAAAUACCUCAAAGAAGUAAACGAAGAAAAAGUUGACAAAAAACGCUGCAAGAAACGCAAAUCCGUAACAUUCGAAGAAACCCCGCAAGUGAUCACAAUCGAAGAACCUCCUUCCAGCAUGGAAGACAACGCCGAAUCUACCAAUGGAUUUAUUUUCGUAUCUGCAGUGAAGGAAGAGGAAGCAGAGCUUCUAAAAGCGCCGCAAACUGUUGAAGACGUAUCUGAUACGUUCGAAAUUGUACAUUCGGAGGGCGAGAAAGCCGCCGAAUUGGAAACUACCGGUGACGAAACCGCAGAAAGGAAGAAAUCCAAAAAGAAGAAGCACAAAAAAACGCAUCAAAUAGGAGAGCAAGGCGAUAAAAUGAGUCACAUCGAAUUGAACGCAGCUUUUCUAACUGAAGAAAAACUGCACGCGCUACCAGAAUUUACGCAACCUGAUAAAGUUCACGAAUCAAAACAUGUGGAAAUACCAAGUAUUGAUAAAGUGGAAGAUAAAAAAUCUAAGAAGAAGCACAAGCACAAAAAAGAUGUACAAGUGGAGCAAUCGGAACCAGUGGUGGACACAAAAAAUAAAUCCAAAACAAACGACGAAAACAAUGAUGCAGUCGAAAAAAUAGCAGUGGAAAAGGAUUUAGAAAAAGAAUCUUCUCCAGCAGAAUCCAAGAAGAAGAAGAAACGCAAAAACAAAGAGCAAAUCGACAUCAUCUCCGAAGGAACUGUAACCGAAUCGACCCAAAAAGUCGACAAACUUGUAGGCUCAGUUGCUGUUAGUUUAACUAGCGAAACUUCAAUAGAUUCUUAUACAACUGUGACCACAGACACGGACAUGUCCACAGUUUCUGGAUUAACUGUAGACUUAGACUCGAAUAACGCAGAAGAAGGGGAGAAACCUUCUUGGGCAACGGUUGUGGGUUCAAACCUUCCGACACCCUCGCAAGACCACAAAACCGACAAAAUAACCAAGUCUGAAGAUGAUACCACUGAAACGUUAGAUGUCACUGAGAUACGAGACGAUCACAAAGAUACGAGUGAAAUCUCAAGUAAGAAGCACAAGAAGAAAAAUAAAAAGAAGCAAGACGCGGAGGUAAAGGAAACCAAGCCUGCGUUUGUUGUCACCGAAGAAAUCAGAGUCAUACCGGAACACGAAGAAAAACCGAAGCCAUCGGAAUUUAUUGAAAAACCUAAGAAAAAGAAACACAGAAAAUCCGAAGAAGAACAGGAUAGAGGCAAAGAUUUGAAGGAAAAGCCGGAAGUGAUAAACGUACCGAUACCAGAAAUACUUGAAGAAUUGAAACUAUCUAAUGAAUCGAGUGUUGCUGUAACGGAAAAAGAAGAAUCGCCAAAAAUUGAAGCAAAACAACCUGUGAAAACCAAACACAAAAAAGCACAUCAAGAAAACCUAGAUAUAAACGCAGAAUUCAUCAAUUCUGAAAGUACAGUGUUGAAACAAACCGAAAUUAUAACCGAAAAGAUCGAUAAAAUUGAUAAAUGUGAUGAUGAAAUCGUAAAACCACCUAAAAUUGAAAAAGUUGACACAAAAAAGAAAGCUUCAAAGGAAAAAAGGCAUCAAAAAGAAGAUCACGAUUUGAAAGAAAUUAAAUCGGCUGAUUUAGACACACCUAAAGAAGAAAAUCCUGAGGAAUUAAGUAUUCAAAAACUUCCUGAAGUAACCAAAACAGAAUAUAAACCUCUACCUGUUGACGAAUCAAGUAGUUUGUUUAUGGAUAUUUUAGAUGGACCAAUGAUAUCAGACGAUGAAGAUAUAGAAAUAACUAAACAAGAAUUCGAAAAUUCGAAUAGUGAGAAAGAGAAAGAUAUAGAGCAAUUAAAAUCAAUUAAUGAAGGACCUAAAGAAUUAGUGACUGUUGUUGCUUUGGAAGAAAAAAUAGAGACUGUUGAAGUCCAACCAACAGAAGCAGAUACUAAUUAUAGCGAUAGUUCAGAACAUCAAGCACUCGAUAAAAAAUCUAAGAAGAAGAAACACAAGAAACACGAAUUGGACCAACCGAAAUUAGAAUCGACUCAAAAUGAAAUCGUAGAAAAAACAAAUAUUCGCUCAGAAAUAACCACUGAGAUAGUAACAACAGAAAAACUUGCUGAAGAAAGUCGAAUUGAAAUCGAAGAUUCUAAAACGCAACAAGUAAAAGAAAGUGGCGCUACUGAAAAAACUGAUUUUAUUGAAAAGAAAAAAUCUAAAAAGAAGAAGCAAGAGCAGCCCGAGAAGCAAGAGGAUCAUCAACCAAAUGUCCAAGAAUCUUCAAUUGAAGCGGAACCAAUUGACAAAAUUGAUAAAAUUAUCAUCAUAGAAACCCCCUUAGAAAGUGAAACUAACGAUAUUCCAACUUCUAAGGAAACACCAGAAGAAACAAUUUCUGAGAAAAUACAUGACUUGGUUGAUUUAACUAAAUACGACGUAAGUGCUCAAAAUAAAGCCGAAACCCUCUAUUAUGAAUCAGCAAAAAGCACUCCCAAAACCGAAGUCCUCAUCGAAGAAACCCUACUAAACUACGACGUUUUAAAAAUGGUCCAAGAUGAAGCAAAUUACUACGAAUUACAAUCCAAAGAAACCCAACGAGAGGAAAUCGAAAACGAAGAUGUUCCUCAAACCCCUACACCAGAAGUUCAAAACGAACCAGCACCUCUCGUAUACGAUUUACCAGAACUACUCCCUAAAUUCGAUUUGAGUUUCUUGCUUCAAGCAGAAUCCAGUUGGUACGAACAACAAGCAAAACAAUCAGAAGAAUUAAAAGCCGAAGAAACCGUCGUCAAAACGGAAUUAGAACCUACUGUUAAAGCAGAACCAAUAAGAGAAACAUUGCAACUUGAAGCAACUACCGCGCUUGAAGAAGAAGAGGAAGAAAUAGAUUCCAAACAACCGUCUCAAUUCGAAGCAAUAGUCGAUUCGGUUGUCGAGUUCAUUCCGAAAUCCGAUCGCAAACGAUACGUGCUGAAUCCGGACGCUGCUGAAUUCAUUCCGAGCUCUUCCAGCCCUCUGCUGCCUCAAUUCGAUGAAGAUACUGCGUAUAGAGUGGAAGAAGAGCCCGGUUGGAAUUACGACAGGAAACCCGAGUACGGAAUCACCGACGUCGAAUACAAAGCCUCUUAUCCAAUAUCGCCCGGUACAUCGAAAUGGGUGAACGAUAUUUUGGAUGAAGCUGACGAAGACGAAGAAAGGCUGGAACAGCAGAGAAUGGAGGAGAGUCUCCUACCGAAGAAUGUGAUAUCGGAAUUAACGGUCAGCGGAGCGCUAGAUGUUCCUGUUAAACUGAACACUUCUUCCGAAUUUCUAAUUUCUGAUCUCAAGAAUAAAACCGAGAUGUUUGUAGAAGCUGAGCGAGAGCUAAUAAGAGAAUUGGUGGUUGAAACGAAAGAAUCGCCCAAACAGCCAAUGCAGGCUGUUGAAGAAAAAGUAUUUGUUGAUAAUUGGGAUGCUACUAUUACCCCUCAAGAUGAAAUUAAAGUAGAUGUUGAAAUUUCUGAGUUACAAACGAAACAAAUAGACGAUGCAGAAAUAAAAAAGAGCAAAAAAGGCAAAAGGUCCAGAUCGGGUUCUCGUAAAAGAGAUAGCAAACCAAUUCCUGCAAUUCCACAGGAACCUACCGGAAACAACGUUGUAGAAACUAAGGAAGACCAAAGUCACUCUCAUGCUAUUUCUUACGCUAAAAUUGUAUCAUCUAAUCAGAAGCCAGUCAAACAAGAAGAACAAACUGUUAAAGAAUCUUCUCCUAGUAAAUCGAUUCCUAAGGAAAAAACCAAAACUUCAAAAUCUGUUUCGAAAAGCGAUACAAAAGUUGACACCAAACCAGUACCUCAGCCAAUUAAACAAGAUGAAGAAAAAGUCGAUCCUGCUCCACCUAUAGAGAUUCCUGGUCAAUUAACAUACGCUAAAAUUGUCGUUUCUCAACCAGAACCGAAAUCGCAAACUGCUUUGAGCAGUAAAGAAACCAUCGAUGCACAUGUUCCCCAAAAAAUUGAUACAGUUGAUGCAAAAAUUGUUACAGUUGUUGAUACGAAAAUUGAUUUGGUACAAAUCGUUGAUGAUGCGGAAAAAUUAUCAGUACCACAAGAAUUUAUUAAACCACGACGAAGUAGAUCGAAAAAGCGGUCGAAAACUCCCACAACAGAAAUUCCAUCAGAAGAAACUAAACCUGUUAAUAAACCACUAGUAAAGGAAGAACCAAAUGAGAAAUUAUCAUCUUCUACAGUGGAUACACAAAAGGAGACUACAACGAAAAUCGAAACCUGCAAUGAAAAAUCCGAGUUUACAGUAAGAGUUGAGGAAAAAGUAGAAAUUCUUGAUAAGAGUCAAGUAAUUGAAUCGACUCCAACAGAACUAAAGGUGGAAGAAAAAGGUAAAAGGAAACGCAGUAAAUCUGGAAAUCGUACUAAAACUCCCUCAAAACUUGAACAACCUGACUCACCAGUUAAAAAUGACAAUACUGAAGAGUUGAAAGUUAUUCAACUAACUUCUGAAGUUACUCCAAGCGUUGAUAACGAACAGAUAUUGUUGACUUCUUCAGAAACCACUAAAGAAACGCCUAAAUCAUUACCUCCUUUGAUUGCUAUAACUGAAGCUGAGACAAUCGAAACCGAACAAACCUUGACAUACGAGCCUAAACCUGAACCUGAACCAUCUCUUCUACAAUCAGACGAGCAAAUGAGCGGUAAUAAGAAGCGUCACAGAUCGAGAAAGCGUUCCAAAACGCCUACAAAGAAACCCACAGAAGAAACAGACACCUCGACCUUCGACAAAGACAUUACCUCGAACGAAGAUAAAUUACCAUCUAAUCAACCAGAUACUAUCGAAACGCUAGGUUUGACCUACGCUCAAGUAGCUAAAUCUCACAGCCGAAAGUCAUCACCUCAUCCAAACUAUCGCUUUGAAACGGUAACAAGCGAAGACCAAAAAGAAGAACCUUUAGAAGGUUCUGCGGACAAGGUGGUGAAACUAGAACCAGUCGAAAUCUCCACAACUGUUUUAAAGGAUUUGAAACAUGAGCCGGAACCGCUAGCUCCAGAAGAAUCAGUCGUUGAACAACCAAAGUCUGCAGUGUUAACUGUCGACGAUUGGACCAAAACGCGAAGGUCUCGGUCUAGUUCUCGAAGAAGGCAUCACAAAGAACUAACAGAAGAAUCGCCGGCCGUUACAGAAAUCAAAACAGAAGUAAAAUUGCAUUCGCCUUCUCCUAGCAGAUCCUACGCUGCCGUGGUGAAGAAUGCCAUGGAGGAAGUGACACAGGAUCAUGUUGUUCACACUAGUGUCGUGUCUACAAUCGAAAAUAAACCGCAACAAAGCGAGAUUUCUGAAUCAGUCGCUCGUGUAACAAAAACUGAUGCUAUCGAAGAAGAUAAUAUGGAAAAAAUAGAAGUGAAAGAUAAAGAAGUAGUAGAAGAAGAUGGUGUUAUUGUAGAUAGUGAAGAUAACACGAAAGAAGAGGCGGGUAGUAAGAAAAAGCAUAAAAAGAAGAAAAGCAAGAAAUCGCACAAAGCCGACGAUAAAGAAGAUACCGAGAAAAAAGUAGAACAAAAAAGUUCGAGUUUCUUAGGAAGUCUACUUUCCAAAUUAUCAAUAAAACCGUCCAAAGCCAAAAAGGCCAAAGAAGAAAUUAAAGCGAGCUCGGAAGAAGCCAAAGCCGAUAACGAAGAAACCAUGAACGUAGUCGAACUAAACGUGGAGAAAAAAGACAAACCCGCCAACAUCCUCGACAAGGACAUAACGCUCAGCCGAAACCAAGUUUCGGACUUGCUCGACGACGGCAAACGAUACGAGUACGCCCUGCGACUGGACACCAGCAUCCGCAGGGCGACGAUCCGCAGGAAAAGCAAGGACGAUGCGCCCGACGAAACCAACAACACCGCCCACAUGCAAUCGCUGUUCGGCCGGCUGCCCGGCCAGUCCUCGAAGGACGCCCUCGACUCCAUCGCCCGGCUGAUCGGCAACCUCGUCGUCGACGACACCUACUGGCUCGCCAAGAGCUUCUACGACGAGGCGGAGGAGCGCUGGCACGCGGACCGCGAGCGGCAGCGCCGCCGGCGCGUCGACGAGCCGCCGCUGGCCGAGCUGCCGCCCGACGACGAGGGCGGCUCGGGCGGCGGCGGCGGCGGGCGCUCGCCCGACGCCGCGGCGAGGUCGGGCGGCGCGCCGCCUCUCUCGCAGUACAUGAUGUACAGUCUACCGGGCGGCAUCGCCGGCUGGAAGGAGGAAUCCACGUACCUGCCUUCCGAGCCGGUCGACGAUGCCGCUCGCGCGAUUACCGCCCCCGAUACUACCUUCCCACCCGCACCUCCUACCUUAGGGCCCGAUAUGCAGCCGACGACUUCGACGGAGAUCGAGGCGCAGCCUACAGACAAACAUCUCAGAAAGGAUAUUACGGAGGAUGUGCAGAAACUUCAAAAGUCCUUGGAAGUUACCGAGGACAUGAUAGCAGCUUUGGAGGAAAUCACGAGCGAAUUGAAGAAGCACGCCGCAGAGGCCAUUCGGUUGGAAGGACAGGCGAAUUCCCUGACAGCUGAUCACGAGACCCGCGCCCUAACCGCCCAAUUGGCCGGGAUUCGUACGCGCAUCGCGACGCUCCUGUCCCAAGCGGAGCACGGGCGUCUUCUGAUAACGAACGCGCAGCAGGUGCAACUUCAACAGAAAGAACAAAUAACGCAGUAUCGUCUGUUGUUGGUUGAAAUAGAAGAGUGGUUGGAAAUUACGAUCAAGAAAAUCGCAGAAUUAGCUAAACCCCAAACUGAAGAACAAGCGGAGAAAUACUUAAGCGAUUUAAAAGUCAUACAAUCGGAAUUAUUGGACAAGGAGAAGGCUCUUCAUGAACUCAAGAAGCAACCUUUAGAGGAAACUUUAAUACAACAACUCGACAUUUUGAUCAAAACAUUCGAAGAAGAAAAAAUAACAAUUACAACCAAAAUCACAACAGCACAAAUCGUACUAGAAGAAAUUAAAACCAACAAAACCAAAGAAGAAACACCGGACGCCUCGCUGGAUACACUAGAUUCAACUUCUAUGCCCAUCGAAGAAGCCCCAGUCAAAACCAUCCCGGAACCAUUUGCGCACAAAGUAGCCUCGAUAGAAACCCAAACAGGCAGGAGCCUAUCGUCGCCGGUCGAAGAGCACCCAACCAAAGACUUCACCGUCACCUACAAUCAACCAGUCGACGCGGAAAUACAAACCCAAAUGUCGCAGCCUUCGAGCGAACUGGCCGAAAUGGCCAAGCAAAAGGAAACCAUAAAAGUAUCGAAACGCACUUCGGGCGCUCAAGAAACUAUUCAAAUAGCCACCAAGCCUGUAACAGAACACCAGCAAGUUGCAGACGAACAAAGCGAUGUUCUAGUGGAAGCGAACUACAGGAAACGACCAGAAUCUGAAACCAGGCAUACAGAAUUAAACAUCACUAAUGUAGCUCCCAAUCAAGCCUUCGAAACAGUCUUUGUGGAACCGGACGAAACCACUACAGAAGUAAUCGUCGACGCCGAUGGCACCAAGAGAGUCAUCGUCAGGAAGCUCCACAGAACCGUCGUCAGGCAUCAAGAAUCCUCCCAGAAACAACAACUGAGCACUCUAAGCACCCUAACCGAAGGUGGCAUACCGGUCUCCCAAUCCUUUUCGCAAAUCACUCUCAAAGGCCAACAAAGCGCCACGUCGGUGGCCAAAGGAGACGGCACCACAGCCACAAUCACCAGCCAGCAAUACGGCGGGAGAGUGGUAUCCGGCGCGCAAGGAGGACCGGUCAGCGUGCACGAGUACGAAACGGAGCCCGAAACUCGCUUCACCGUCGCCGGUCCGAGUUUCAGACCCGAAGAGGUCGACAUCGAAGGCAACAAGCUGCACGAAGGCGACGUUGUCUUCAUCAGCGACGAAAGCAACCGGCUGGUUCCCGCCGAUCGGGCGCUGGUCGCGGUGCACGGCAACGAAGUGCACACGUCCAGCUCCAGCGUUCGCGCUGUAGUCCAACAAGUCAGGCGCAGGAUUAUCAGGAAGACCAGGCGGACCAUUCGGAGGAUCGUCAUCAUCGACGGCAAGGAGCACGUGCAAGAGGAGGUCAUCGAAGAGCCGGAGGAGAUCGAGGUGACCGAAGAAGACGUGCCGAGGGUGAGCAUAAACGUCGUGAGGACCGAAGACGGUCGAGUUAUUGGAGAAUCUAAAACCGUCGAAGGAGCGAUACCCGAAGAAGAGAGGUACGUGGUAACACAUAGCACUGCACCUCAACCCGAACCCGCACAAACCGUUGAAGUAAUCACAGCGAAAUCACCAGAACCGGCUGAGCUAGUUACGGGCAAAACUUCGACAGUAGAAGACUUCCUAGAGGCCGAAAGGCUUAUACAUAGUAGCAACAUAGAAAUGACACCUAAAAUUGAGAGAGCACCUGCAGAUUCGAAUGACUCGGAAAAGACUCCUGAGGACGAGUCCUCGAACCAAAUGAAAGUUAAAGAGGUUGUUUCGUUUACUGUAGAAGAACAACCGCCAAUUGAAGCGAAAGAAGCGAAUCCUGCUCUAAUUAGUCCAAUCGAAAAAGAUGUAUCAAUAAAUAUUUCCGAACAAAUCGAACGCUCGCCUGAACCAGAACAAAUUAGUACUGGUAUUUCGGAGGAGAAUGUUGUUGCAGCUUCGUUUAUCCCAGAAGACGUAACUGAAACUACUAUAACUGAUGAAAAUCCAUUAGAAACUUCGGUUCUGCAUAAAGUUACAUCUACGGAAAUAUCUACUGAAAAAUUGGUCGAAUCUCCAAUAAUUGACGAACCAAUUGAAGUUACUGUUGUGCCUUCGAUAGAUUCAACAGAUCAUUGUGCUGAAAAUUCUAAUACUAUUGUGAUAACUACGAUAACUCCAACAAAGACUGAUCCAUCCGAAGAUUCGCCUCCGCCCAGUGCUCCGUUACUAGAAGACAUCACCGACGCCGGUCUUGUGGAAAGGCAACUACUAGCGCAAUUUUUAGUUUCGGAGAAAUUGCACCAUCCACCAGAAGUUAGAUGCUCGCCUAAGACUGCCGAACCAGUUCCUCUAGAAAGCACUGAAGCUGAUAAAUCAACAGUUCAACCGGUCGUUCCUCUCGAAAGCACUGAAACUUCUGCUGAUAAAUCACCGGUUCAACCGGUCGUUCCUCUCGAAAGUACUGAAACUAAUGCUGAUAAAUCACCAGCUCAACCUGCCCCUCUCGAAAGCAUUGAAACUCCUGCUGAUAAAUCACCAGUUCAAGAAGUUGCUAUUGAGAAGCCUGCAGAACAAGUAACUACCAAAAUUCAAGAGACUCAUCAAGUUACUUCGAUAACUCGAGAACCUGACGGAGACGUGGAAAUGGUUUUGUCAAUCCAAGAAACCUACCCGGAAAUUAUCAUUACACAAGAACCACCUAGUACUGUAACUAGAUCAAAAGUAGGUGAAAGUAUGCUGGAAUUCUUAGAAAACGAGAGACAAUCAUCACCUAAAGUACUUAAAGAAGAAGUAACCGAAGAUGUGAAGCAACCUCAAGUAACUGAAACUGAAGUCCAACAACCAAAAGAGCCGCAAGAAGUCGAUAUUAUACUAUCUUUGGAGGAAAAACAGGAAGACUCCACGAUUACCACGCCGAAAGUUUCAGUUGCGAUGAAAAUUGAGGAAACUUCCGACACCUCCAAACCCUCCAACAUUUUACAAAAAGACAUACACGUCCAACUACCAGCAAUUACUAAAACCGAACAUGAUAUUGCCGUACCGAAAUUGGAAGUCGAGCACACUGAAACUCGAACUCCAAGCGACAUCGAUCACGGAGGUCGACGAAGCAAGAAGAAAAAGAAACACAAAGAAAACGUAAUUUCCACUCCCGAAGAAACUAAAGAAGAAACAGUAAUUGCAACUGAACCAGAAGCGAAAGAACCAGCGCAAGAAAUUGAAGAAGAGAAACCCGAAUCUGUUCUAACCUCUCUGGCGGAAUCUACUGAAAUAUCGAUGGCGGAUGAUUCGGCUAAGUCCGAGGAAACUCCCAAACCGACGAUAGAAAUUUUCGAAUCCGUCACUGAAUCCGAAGAAGACGCGAGCUACAAAGGCAAAGAAACCGGUUACGAAGCUGAUAAAACUCUCGAAGAAAGCCACGAUGACGAUCAGCAGAAGAAGCACAGGCGUAAGAAGAAACGUAAACAGAAGAUCAAAGUCAAGGAAUCCGAAGAAUCUAAUGCUCCUGUUUCAAUUUAUGAAUCCUCCGUUGAUAAUUCCGUUCCGUUAACUGAUGAUGAUCAAAGUAAAAUCGAAAAACCGGAAUUAGAGGCGCACAAAAAGACUAAACACAAGCGCAAGAAAAACAAGAAGAAACAAUUAGAAAGCGAAACCGAGGAACCAGUCGGAUCCGAAUCUUCGCUAUUCGAAGCCAAAGAUGAGGAAAUUCUAUCGCCCGCUGAUUCCUACCAAAGUCUUUCGACCCUUUCGGAACCCGGUACUGUAAAAAUCAUCGAAGAAAAAGUCUUGAGUAGACCAGAAAGCGAAUCACCCAAAGAAUUAACGUCUAAAAUAGCUACAAUAGUGCCGGUACUAGAAGCUGUAAUCACUCAAGAAGAGGCAGCCCAAACGUCUCCCAUUCAAAUCGCAACCUCAGAAUUUUUAGAAAAGGAAUCAACCAUCGAAAAACCACAAGAAAUAAUAACGCAACAAACUUCAGUUCAAACUUCCCCCGAGACUCCCAAAGAGUUAUCGGAGAUCUGCGUGCAAACGAGCGAAGAAGAGAAGGAAGUUCCAACGAAGCCCGCCAUUAGCGAAAUUUCAACUCAAGUGGAAAUAACAACUACCGAAAUACUUACGCAAACAUCACCGGAAUCCCAAUCACCGGAGGAAAAAGUCGUAGACAAAGACUUGACGGAAAUUUCCACGCAAACUAUUACCCCCGAAAAGAUCGAAAUAACAGAAGAGUCCGUUCAAACUGUCACUCCCGAACAGAUCGAGGUAUCCAGAAGCGACUCGGCAAUGCAAACGACGGUAGAAAGCAGAGAGGAAUUCGUGCAAACAAAGUCGCCUGAUAAAAUCGAAACGCUGGAAACAGCUGCUCAAAUACAGCCCGACAUUACGGAAUCGUCUUUGCAAACUUCAAUGGAAUAUCAACCAGAGGAAACGCCGAAACCUUCAGCUCCACCGUUGGAAACAACUGAUAUCGUCACUCAAACUAGUCCAAUAGUAAUCGGUGAAAUCGGCGAUUUGAUGACACCGAGUCCGACACCUCCAACAUCUUCUUCUGAACAAUAUGAAAUACACAUCAAGGCUUCGGUGAUUGUACCUUCGGAAGCCUCGGAGUCCGUUGACGAAGUGGCGCCCAUUCGAAUAGAAAAAGAUAUUGUCGUAGAACCGGUGUCAGAGCAACCAACAGUUUCUCCAUCGGGAGCUGGCGAUAGCAACGCCGAAGGAUACGAUAUUGAGGUUGUGGUUGACGAAAAUUCAUCAGUUCAAGCGUUCUUGGAUUCCGAACGAGACGUUCAAGUUCCAACUAAAUCCAAAGCGCAUAAGCGCAAGAAGCAAAAAUCUCGACCAGGCAACGUAGUCGAAGAAAAGGGAUUAUUGUCUGAAUUUACAAGACAAAUAACUGUAGAAGAACCUCAUGCAGUAAAAGACAGUUACGCUAAUAUAGCUAAACGGUCUAGAAGUCCCUCUCCUGUUCAAACUAUCGAAGACACCAAACCUACAGUAGAAACUACUGAAGUAGUAUCAAAAGUGUAUACUGACAUAAACGAAGACAAAGUCAGAAAGGCUGCUAGAAAAACUAAAAAACCAGCCCACGAAACCACCACACAAGUUGAUAUUUCUGUAAAUUUACCUCAAGAGUCACCCGAUAACUCAGAAGUACAAUUAAUUUCAAAAGACAUCUACACCGUCACAGAGAAGACUAUUCCUCGAGAAUUCGCUACAUCCUUCACAGUGGAUUCGAUACUCACCGAAUCGAAUGUCAAAUCCUUACCAACGGAAGCCAUAGAACCAACUCUAUUAGUAAAAUCGGAGGUAGUUGCUGGCCCCUCAACGGUAACAUCAACUGUAGAUUUUCUUGUAUCAGAAAAAUCAUCUCACGAUGAAGACACUAUACUUAUUAACGACAAACCUGUGUCAAUACCUUCAACUCCAGAACCUGUUAUAGAAGAACCUCCUGUCGAUAGCAAUUUAGACGAAUCUACUUCACAACAACCAGAAGAAGCUUCCACAAAAUUAGAUCCACUCGUCGAGAAGCCUUCCAUCAAAACCAUCCAAUCGGAGCCAAUUGUAGAGGAACCUGACGAACCGAACAAGAAAAAGAAAACAGCUGUUCCCACUAAAACGAAAGGAAAAGGAAAACAUGUAUCGUCAGUAACGAUAGAAGAAGUCCAAUCUCCGAGAAUAGUGGCCGAUACUCCUCUGACUCCGGCAUCCGAUGCUUCUCCGUUAUCUCCACCGGCUUACCCGAGCGAAUCGUGGCGCGAUACGUCGGUGAUUCAAACUGUUCAAAGAGCUCCACUCGAUUCAAUGGAGGUGACGAUACAGUGGAACCAAGCGCAAGCGCUGGAGAGGUUCAAAAAUUUGCAAAAUACAAGAAGAACUACACAUCUCAGCGACGUUUUGUAUCUAGCCACUCUGAACGAAGUCAUCACCAAUGAAACAAUCCAACAAAAAGAUCAGAACGUCCAACAAAAUUUGGUUCACCUGCAGCAAGCUGUCGAGCGAAAGGACGUGGUGAUCAUACAGCAAACUGUCAUCGAUACUGUCGAGACGAUCACCACUUGGCUGGAGACCAUCGAGUACAGGAUCUACCUGAGCAGGCAGCAAACUCUAGAAGGCCCGUCGGAGGCUAAAGUUCACCAAUUCAACCAGCUCAAACAAGAAAUCGCCAAUAUUGAGAACAAAGUCGGUCAACUGCAAUCCGCCAUUAAACAAACCGAUGAUAUUUACAACGAAGACGAGCGACAAAGGUUGAAGAGCUACGUCGAGUCUCUGCAACAGCAAGUCAAAGUUAUCGAAGAGGUGACUGACAAAAACGGAGAAAUCGCCAACGAGGAUUUGAACAGAUGGAACGAUUUCAACGAAGGAGUUAGAGCGGUCGGUCAAUCCAUCAGACAAGUGCAAAGGCAAUUAAGCGAUUUGAAAGAAUCUGACGCUUCGCCACAAACCAAGCUGAGCGAAUUGGAAAAAUUAGACAACAACAAUAGAGCUAAUAUGAUUAAGGUCGUCGAUCUUAUCGCUAACGCUAAGGGUUUGAUGCGAGAUUUCCCAACGAAGGAAAUACCCAAAGAAGUAUACUUGUGCAACGAACUAACGAAACAAAUCGAACAACAGGUAACCACGGAAAGAGACAAAGCCUACCAAUACCUUUCUUUGGCCGACGAAUACGAGCAAACCCUCAAAGAAUUCAGCCAAAUCAUCCUCAUAGCCGAGGCUUUAGUGGAGAGCUCUGUAUCCGUCCGAAACUUGGAGCAUCUGGAAGACGAAAUGCAAAAUCACCGAAAGUUCUUCGUCAAUUUGAGCCACUGUCGGGCGAUUUUGGAAUCGCUCGAGGAGAACCUCGACUCCGAAACCAGGGCGUUGCAUUCGCAAUUGCACCAAAACCUCUACGAAAGAGCCAGCGUGAUCUUGGACAAAUCCACCGGCCGCUUCCAAAUCAUGUCUCUAGCCGCCUCCAGGUGGACGGUGCUCGAGCAAAGCACCAGAGACGAAUUGCGGUGGCUGCAAGUAGCGCAACAGCGCGUUCCCGAUUUGAACAACGUCACUUCAUCCGAUUACGACAGGUACAUAGAUCUGCACAACUCCUUAGCAGCAGAUAUCGAUUACCAUCACGCCAAGUUGGCGCAUCUCAACUGCGUCGCGCAGAAACUCCAAGAGCUGGUGUCCUGCUCCGAUUUGGAAGAGACCUACAUUGAAUCGCUGGCUAUAAUACAAAAACUAGAGGAGGACGUGCAGAUUAACCUCGAGCGAUUGCAAUCCUUCAGGGAUUGCUGGAAGACCUACAAUGUGCUCAGCGAUAAAGUAGAAUAUUGGUUGAAAGAGGCCGAAUUGGAACUGCGCGCCAUCCAAGUGCCCGGUCCGAGAGGCCACCUGAGGCGCUUCUGGGAACUGAAAGCUCAACACGAAGUCCACAACGCUGCCAGAGUGAACGCUUCCAAUGCUCUGGAUAAAUCCCUGCAAAUUGUACCGAUCAGUGACGAGAUGUACCAACGUGCUAACCACUCGGAAUUGAACGCCCAGUGGAACGCGAUUUCGAAGCAAAUCCACGAUUUGGAGGUGUCCAUACUAGACACGAUUUCCGCUCCCGAUGUACCUGUCAACGAAAAACUGGUGUAUCUGGAGCAAGAACUGCAAGACCUCAACGCUGACGUCGAUAAUCUAAAAGGCGUCGUCAAAACCGAAGAGGAACUGAGCCUGUACGUCGAACGAUUACAAAUCAUGUCAACGAGAAUCGAAACUAUACAAAACGAACUCAGUCGACUGGGCCUGCUAUCGGCCAGCGAAUCGGAGAAGGUCGGCGUUCUGCUGGCUCUAUCCAAGAAAUUAGAAACCGCCAUAUCCGAGGAACUGGAGAGCGGCUUGCUGAUCAAAGACCAACUGCAAACCAUCCAGAAGAACAUCGAGCGAGUGCGCAAGAAGCACUCGGACAUGAGCAAGAAGCUGGACCAGUGCGAGGGCUCGGAGAAGCUCGGCAGCGAAUCGGUGGAGAAAUCCGUCAACGAAUGCUACGAAAUCGGCGAGGAGCUGGUCACCCUGUGGCAAGACUUGAUGGCCAUCCGGCAGUUAUUGCACACCCUACCAACCCGGUUGAGGGUCACCGUCUCUCCUCUGACGGUCGAAAGGGACAUAUCCAAGCUGCAGGACGACCACACCGCGCUGGAGAAACGCUGCGGGGACAUCCUGGCGUUGCUCAGGAGCCGGCUCGCCCUGUGGAAGCGGUUCGAAAGGCAGCUGGAGCUCGUCCAGCGCAGCGUGCAGGAAGCUGAUUUCAUGGUGGAACUUCUCACCGUUCAAGGUACAGUCGACUACGAACGGCUGAGGAAGGCUACAGAAAGAUUAGAGAGCGUUUCCGAGGACCUGGUGUCGCGCGAGAGCCUCGUCUCCGAGCUGAAGGAGGCCUCGAAGCCGCUGGCCGACAGCUGCGCGCCCGAAGUCUCCGCCAAGAUCGAGGCGGCCGUCAAGGAGGCGGUCACCGCCUACGAGACGACGUGCACCAACCUGAAGGAGCUGUGCACCAAGUACCACCACGCCGCCGACCUCUGGAAGCAGUACAAGGAAGCUUCGGACCUGGUCAAGGAAUGGAUUGAGCAGCCCAUGGAAUCGGUGGAGGACCUCGAGCCCGACGAAGCCGUCCAGAAAGUCAAGGUAUGCGAGGAGACCUUGGUGGCCCAUUCGAAGCGGCUGGCGAAGCUGCAGCAAUUGGUCUCCGGCAUCGCCUCGGCCGUCGGUCUCGACGCCAGCGCGCUGCUCGGCGGCGAAGUGGAAGCCUUGGGAAAGCGCCUGGACGACGUGAGGAAAACCCUGACGACGCUCGCCGACGUCGCCGACUCCAAGGUGAAAACCAAAAACGACAACCAGCUCGAAAUCAACGGCACCAAACGCUACUUAGAUUCCAUACAAAAGAGUGUAAACAGCCUGGAAAGCAGCGGUAUAGACUCGGACAACGAAGAAAAAUUGCUAACACUAAGAGACCAUUUAUUAGCCUUGAGCAAAGCCGAAGGACAAAUAAAGAAACUCAAAGAAAAAAGCUUGGAAAUAUCCACGACGAGGACCGAAGUAUCGGUAUUAGAGAUACUGGAAUUAUGGCAGCACGUCUUCAGGGAGACCUUCCAGCAAUACCACAGGCUGAGCACGCGCCUGAUCAAAAACGAAGACGGCGCCGCCGUGUUGAAGCUAUGGCAGGAGUACCUGUUGAACGUGCAGCAGUUCCUGCAAGGCACCAUACCCGGCGAUUACCACAGCCUGUCCGAUCACCAGCACUUGUGCGAGUUGCACCAGAACCUGCUCACCACGCAGCAAAACGUCCUCGCGCCCGGCGGAAAGAAGGACGACCGCUUGGCGGGCGAUUUGGUGGAAACCACCGUCAUGGAGCAGUUCAAUUCCUUGACCAAUUUACACAACGAGACGCUGUCGAAGAUACUAGAGAGGCGCGAUCAAGUGCGGAAGCGCCUGGACGCUUGGGACACCUACAAGGAAGACCAGAACAAGCUGCUGAAUUGGCUUAAGGGCGUCGAGAAGGAAAGGGAACGCAUGCAACUGAAAUUCAUGCACAUUAGACGCAUACCUAAGUUAGUGUCGUCCAUUCAGAAUCUCCUGGACAAAUUGCCCCAAGGCGAGGAACAAGCGAAACGUUUGGAAACCCAGCAAACGUCGUUGCUGGAAUUUUGCGACGACGCGCUCGCUACCUCCAUUCGAAUGGAGCACGUGGCCAUUAAACAGCGCCUGUCGAACUUACAAGCCGGCCUGGAAACGUGGCUGCAGUUCCUGGAACGAGUACAAAACCUAGUCAAAACCUACGAAACGGCCGUACUUAAAAUACAAACCUCCUUCGACCGCAUACAAGAAGACAUCAACGAGUCCACGGCGGUUUCGUCCGCGACGCACUCCACGAUAAGCGGCAAAUUAGAGGCGUUGAAGAACACAAAAGAGAAAUUGGCCGCGUCGAAAAACGAAUUGGAGCGCAUACGCCAAAUGCAAGAGCAGCUCAAAGAGUGCCUGAGCCCCUCCGACAUGAAGACCAUCAACCAGGUCAUUUGGUUGCUGCAGCACCAGCACAACGACCUGGAGCACCAGCUGUCGCUGCUGGGCCAUCAGCUCGAGGAGAAGUUGGGCGUCAGGUCGCUGUUCGAGGCGCGCUACAACAAAUUCGUCGAUUGGGCGGGCGAGUUGGAGAAAAGACUGAACCAAACCAGCGAUCCGAAUCAAAGCCUUCCGGAGCCCAAGGAGCUGCUCAAGAAGCUCGAGACCGACCUGCAAGCCGAAAUGGCGCUGAAAGAGAGGGAGUUCAACUGGUUGAUUAGAACGGGCAACGAAAUAUUCGAGUCGUGCGGCGAGGAAUACGCCGACGUGACGGUCAAACAAAUCAUCAAAACUCGAACGGAAACCGUCACCGAAUUGUGGGAGACUCUAACGCAAGUGGGCCUCACUAGAAUCAACAAAAUCAACGAUUUAAUACAAACCACGCUCCAAUUAGAGGAGCGAAUCGCCAAAAUCCGCGCUUGGUUAAGCCAGGUGGAAACCCAAUUGUCCAAACCCUUAGUGUUCGAGAGCUACGCUCAAACGGUCGUGAGCGACAUGCUCCAAGAGCACGACCAGCUCAAAAAAUCCGUAGAAAACGAAAGCGGCAACAUCGGAGAAGUACUGAAUUUGUGCGAGUUGGUGCUCAACGACCCCGACAUCACCAAAGCCAAUUUCACCACCGAGACCAUCAGCAACGCCAUCGUCAACAUAGAGAAACGUUGGAAGGCGGUGUGCGGGCAAUCGGCCGAAAGGAAGCGCAAAAUCAACAUGAUUUGGAAACUACUGCAGGAGGUAUCUAACCUCAGCGAAAACCAAGAACAGUGGAUUCAAGAGAAAGAAAAAUCCCUCAGCAGUUUGGACAAACCCACCGCGCAACUGGACAAAGAAGAAAUCCAAAAUCUACUGCGCAUCAUCGAGCAGGAGAUCAAAGACAUAGAAUCCCGCGAAUCGGCCUUCCACAUAUUGAGCCAAACGUACGCGAAACUCAACGCAGCGCCCGGCAUCGAACCGGAAAACAUCCAGGAACUAACGGCCAAAACCCGCCUCGUCAUCGCCAAAUGGGAGAACCUACUUCCCAAAGCUCUCGCCAUCCAGAAACAAUUCCAGCUGGAAUUAGCGCCGUUCAAAGAGUUCUCCGCCGCCCACGAAGACGCCGUAAUAAAUCUAACGAAACUCGACGCCCAAGUCACCGAACUGCAACACCUGCUACCGCCCGAAGAGGUUUCCCCGCGAGAGCGGCUCGAGAAACUAACGGAAAUCGAGAACCGCCUCGCCGAUCAAACGUCGAACCUGGAAAACGCCGACAAACUCGGCCUGCAGAUCAUGAAGAAGAGCAAACCCGAAGACGUGGAGCUCAUCCAGGAGAUGAUCGACGAGUACCAGAUCCUGUGCAGGAACCUCCACGAGCGCGUCGCCUACAUCAAAACCGAAAUCGAGACGCUGGUGCUGGAGAGCGGGCCGCGCGAGGUCGACGAAGGCGUCCAAGUGGAGACGCUCAAGUUCGAGCGCGACACCGCCGUGCAAGUCAACACGCUGCCGUCGCAGCUGCAGCGCAUGACCUCCAUCAGCGCCAAGGACGCCUACGCGGUGGAGCUGGAGGCGGCGCUGGACGAGUGCCGCAGGAACCUCGACGAGCUCGAGCUGGCCGUCGACAAGGAGAUCCCCAAGCCAGGCUCGUCGGAGCUACCGGGUAGCAGCAAGAGGAUAGCCAAAUUGUCGGCCCAGUGCAUGGCCAGCACGGAGCUGGUGAAGCAUUUGCACGAUUUGCUCGUCGACGAAUGCGGCGCCACCGACGCCGAAGCUUCCACCGAAGAGGCCAAAAGGCUUUUGGAAUGGUACGCCGUUCUGCUGGUCAAAGCUAAGGAAAAGGAACAAACGUUAAGAGAACUAAGAAUGACAGUUUCCGAUGCUUAUAACCUCUUAUGCACCCACGAAGCCGGUCGAAUUUUGUGCCCGCUGUGCACGAAACGCAACUGGGCGCAGCUGGACAACGAUCUCUGGCGGCUGGAGAAAUGGCUGCAAGUCGCCGAAGGCACGCAAAAAAUGCAGAAGAGCCCGCCGUCCAACAUCGAGCAACUCGAAGACGUCAUCCAGGACCACAGGGAGUUCCUGCUCGACCUCGACAGCCACAAGAGCAUCGUGAGAUCCUUAAACAUCGUCGGCACCCAUCUAGCCGAUCACACGGAGGACACCCAGAAGGCCGAAGAGUUGAGAUCUCGGUUAGAAACCGAUAACAAACGAUGGGAUAUCAUCUGCAGGAACGCGGCUAACUGGCAGCUCCAAUUGCAAAGGGCGCUCAUGAAUAACCAACAAUUCCACAACAUCAUAUCCGAGCUGUGCGCUUGGCUGGAGAAGAACGACAGGAAGAUCCGCGCCUCGGAGCCGGUGGAUCUCACGGCGCCGGAGGACGUGAUCGAGGCCAAAUACCAGCGUUUCCUGGACCUGCGGUUGGAGUUGGAGCGAUGCGAGCCGAGGGUGCUGAGCCUCCAGGAGGCGGCCAAUCAGCUGCUCAGAGAGGAGGCGCCCGAAGGCUCGACGGUGAUCUACAAGCGGCUGACGGAGUUGCGGUUGAAGUUGCAGUCGCUGAUCAAACUGACCGGCGUUUACACGUUGAAAUUGAGCGCCGUGCUCGGUAGGGAUCCCCGUUUGAUCGGUUACGCUCCGUCGGCGUCCGGCUUACCGAUACAAUCUCUUAAUUAUAACCUUUUGGAUCGGCCGAACGAAGAGGAAUGCGCGGACUCCGCUCGAGACGUCGCCGCACACAACGGUUCUGAUGACGAAGGCGAGAUAAACACCUCGGUGUUGAGGCGGGGGUGCAGGUUCCUGGGCAGGGUUGUGAGGGCCUCGGUGCCCAUCCAAGCGGUCAUGCUUCUGAUGCUCGGCGCGGCUUCUCUGGUGCCUUUUUCCGAGGACGAUUACUCCUGUUCGCUGGUGAAUUCGAUUGCCAACAGUCUAACGCCGACGCUGCGAUACCGCGACGGGUCCCCGCCGAUUUAAAUGUACCAAGAUGCUUGGUAGACGACGAAGACUGGUUAUGACGCGUGAAACGGCUAAAUCCAUUCCAAUUUAUUUUUUAAUUUCGUCAGAAAGUUGUAUAUUCCAUUACGACGAGCGAUUUAACGAUGCUUAGAGUCUAAUUUUUUUGUAUAUUAAUUUUAUAUUGAACAUAUAUUUGUAAAUAUGCGACUUAACUCAUCGAGAAAUGUUUAACGUUUAGACGGUAAGAAUUAAUUUUGUAUUAUAAUUGUAAUCUAAUUUUUAUUCACUUGAUAUUUGUAUAUUGGGACAUAGCACAAAACAUGUUAUUUUCGAUUUAUUGUACGUAUAAUCUUGUUUUUUUAUUGAUUUAUGUUGGUUGUGAAAAUUAAAAUCUGUAAAUUGAAGGAGUGGAACACUUCGGUUUGCAGAUAAAUUAAUUUUGCUGUGAUGAUAAUCUCGAUUGUUCGGUUAAAUUAUAAAAGAACUCGAUUAGUACUCUCCGAUUUUUCAGUUCUUUUUGAGCGCUCCGAGCAAUUCUUCUCUCCAAAUUGCAAGGAGGCGCGACCGACGAAACUAUCGAGAUGAUACCUAUAAAAUUGUUUUUUUAUUAUUGCUAUAUAGUUUCGCAAAUUUAAUUUUUUUAUUACGUUGCUGAAUGUUCUCGUUUAAAACAACGUAACGUUUAUAAGUAUAUUGCUUUCAGAUUUGUACGCUUAAUGUCUAUGUUUAGAAAACUACAAAUUUAAAUAUGAAGGAUUGUUUUUGCUAUAAAAAAUAUAUAUUUAUUUAGCAUCUCAAUAUGAUAUAUGCAAUGUUUUCAUUUAAAAUAAAC